GUGCCUUCAGUUCAGGCUCAGUAAGGGGCUAGUUGCCUGCAUGAGUGCGAGCUCUGUGUGUGACUGUGGAUUGUAGUUCCCAAGGUUUACUUUGCCGUCAUUCAGGGGCUGGAUGGCGUGGGAGAUGUCCAACCAGGACUCUGUCUGGAGUGACAUAGAGGUGAGCUGCUAUUAAAUGCACAUAUAUAUAUAUAUAUAUAUAUAUAUAUAUAUAUAUAUAUAUAUAUAUAUAUAUAUAUAUAUAUAUAUAUAUAUAUUGAUCGCUAUGCAUUUAUUAUUUAAUUUUAUUCUAUGUAUGUGUGUGUAUAUGUAUACACAUUAGUGCUUAUAUGUAUUUAUUUUAAUUUAUUUUAUUUAUUUAUUUUUUUUACAGAUUUUUAAUUUGUACAUUUUUUUUUAUUUGAAAAAAAAAAAUCUUUGCAGAAGAAAAAAAAAAAGAAUCCUAUUUCAGAUCUGCAAAAAAAAAAAAAAAAGUCUAUUAGUUAAGGCUAUCUGAAGUGCUUGCAAAUGGCUAUUUUUAAGGUUUCACUUCUAUGAUGUUUAGAGUCAAAGAUUAGCUGCUGUCAUCGGUGCCUUGCAGUUGGAAACUAUUCGCAUGUGCUUUUGGCUGUCUCACCAGUCACAUGCAAUAUGUAUGCCCAUGAUAUUGAUAUGAAUCAGUGUCUGAAGACUUUCCAGUGGCCUGCUUGGAAGCUUGCCAUACCUAUUUAUAUAACAAUUAACUUAAAAUAAUGUCACUUAUUGCUGCUUACAUACUUGGAUUCUGGAUGCCUGAAUGCUUUACAUAGGCUUCCAUGUCCGUAUAGCCAACUCAAUGGAAAGAUGCUCUGCAUUAAGCAUGUACAAUGAGUAAAGAAGGAUACAAUGUUACUAUUGCUAUUAUAAAUAUGCUCACAUUAAAUUUUUUUUUUUUAAUGUGAGCACCUACCUGUGGUUUCAAUAAUAGGGUUAUUUAUCAUCUUCAGCUUGGCAAUGAUCAGCUGUUUGUGCCUUCAUGUAAUUCAAUGCUAUUGUAAUGAAGCAAAAGAAUAGUGUCUAUAGGAACUGUGCAAAAUGCUGCUGCAUGUGUAAAAAUAGGUGGCCAUACAUCAAAUCUACAGCUUCUGCUGGCUACAAUUCAUAUAGAAGGGGGGGAGCAAGCAGUUCUGUACUAGUCCCUGGAGUAUGAUGUAUAAAAAAACAGGUUCUGCUAGAAUUCUGCAUGUUUGCACUAUACAAAUGGGAACCUUAUUAGGGAGCUUAAGCAACAUAUGAGUCUUAUAAAACUUUGUUGCAAUUAUUAAAAAUGCUGGGCCACCAUAAAUAUGGCUGCAAUACACUGUGGUGGUAUGAGUGAAAACACGUAUGUUUGUGUGUGUGUGUGUGUGUGUGUGUGUGCACCUAUAUGCAUGUAUGUAUAAUAUAUAUAUUCAUGCAUGUACAACGUUUAUCCCUGUGCAUUAUAUAUAAUAUGCAUGUGAUCUGUUUUAACAUAUAUAUAUAUAUAUAUAAAUAUAUAUAUAUAUAUAUAUAUAUAUACACACAUAUCUGUAUCUGUGUGUGUGUGUAUGUCACAUUGGUUUUUCAUUCUGUUGGUACUGCAUCCAACACAUACGCUAUUCCAAUAAUACACUCUAUUUUACAGUUUCUUGGCUUUUUUUUUAUCAUGUGUGAUAUUUUGAGAAAUAAGGCAAGCACAUUUAAUUCACAUCUAAUGUAGAUGAAGCUCGAAGGCAUGAUUGCAAGUGGAUGACUUUCUGACUCCAAACUCCUAAUUGUUUUUGAGUGGCCAGUGUAUCCUGUGGGUUGUUGUCUAGCUCCUAGUGUGGGUCUCAGCUGCUCGUUCUUGCUUUUUCCAUCAUGCAUUAUUCCUGAUGCUGCUAAGAGCUGAUUGAGAAGCAGCCUGCAUGGAAAUAUUGAAGAUUUAUUUUUGUAAACUACUGAUCAUACCAAUAGCUAUUUAUCUCAUGAUCACUAGCCAGGAUAGGCAACAGCUAGGAGCUACAACAAGCGACGAUUACAAUUCCCAUCAUAUGGUUCACGAUAGGGGUUGUAGUCUGCAGAAUCUCAAGUCCGACUUUGCCUGAUCACUAGGGUUCCGUUAGAAAUGUAUUGCCACUCGUAUUCUGUUUAUACAGGAAUAUUAACUCUUGGUGCAGCUUGGCUCAUGCACCGCUUAUGUUGUGAUUAAAUUAUUGGAGCUCAGUCAUGCUUUUUCUACAUUAACACAGUUUAUGAACCUUGGAUUGCUGGUGGGGGAACCAUAGAUUGGAUAUGAGUGCCAAGGGAGCUUGGGCUCUAACAAAAAAAAAUAAAAAAAAUUGCGAAAACCUUCACGCUCUCAAAUGGUUAAAUCUUGGAUGAUCUAAAAACAUUUUAUUUAUUUAUUUUAAAUGAAAGGCUGUAAAAAAAUAAAAAAUAAAAAAAGACAACAAAACAUGCACACUUGCCAAGAACUGCAAUCUGUCUGCUCAUCGAAUAGGACAGACUGAUGUUCAAAUUAAUAAAGGCCCACAUAGCCGUGAGCCCCAGAUGUUUCACAUUUUAAUGAGAGUGAUGUGCGGGGAGAUCGCCGAGAUUGAUAGAGCUAUUUCACAGGACACAUUUGCAACAAGUUUUCUGUCAGUCUCUCAGCCAAUGUGUUGCUGUAGGGCACCCUUUAUAUAGACGUAUGUGUAAAAUAUCUAGCCAUGUGACUCUCCAGGGGAGUUACUUUGAUGCUCCCAGAAUACAAAGGGUUAAUCAUAAUGUUGUAACACUCCACAAGCCCCAUCCCCUUUGGCAUCUGACCACCAAAGAUAGGGAAAAAAAACUCUGUGCAAAAGCUAAUGGGGAUUUAAAUAUAAUUGCAACGCUUCAUUUCAAUCAUAGGAGCAGUUAAGGAAAUUUAUUGUCUCCCUUUCUUAACUGUGGGAACACAGAUCUAUUGAGAUUGAAUUAGUGCACAUCAAUUCAUUUUUUUACGUUAACUUAACGGGCUUCCCUUUCCAGUGAUCGGGAAGCACCUUUGACAUAUGUAUCUUAUGGCUAAGCUGUAGAAAUGAACAGGCUCAUAUGGGUGGGUAUAUAAGGAUGAGACAGAUGUGGUACAGGUGUUGGCUAACAUUUGUGGACUUUAAGAGCCAUAUAGAUGUAUAUCUAUGAAGAAGUAUGGUCUGAUGAGCUAAAAAAGAGAAACAUCAAUAGAUUCUUAUGUAAACUAUUAAAAUGUUGAUGUUGAUUUGGGACUUGUCAACAUGUGAAGGCUGACAACCAUAAAUUACAAACAUAAAAUAGCCAUUCCGCACUCCUCUAGAAAUAUGGAUAGGGAACAUAUACGACAUAAGUUGCUGUGCACUACAAUUCUAAUCAUGUCCAGCCAGCCAACGUUAUUCUCUGUAGCUGGGGUCCCUGUGCAUUUGUGUCUAACCUUUGGCACUGCAGCUGUUAAGAACCAUUCUUCCAGUAGUCUACAAAUAUUUAAUGCUGCAGCUGUUUUGGACUAUGUUUCCUGCGAUACUGAGCCAAACAUCCGGCCCGGCAUCAUGGGAAACGUAGUCCAGAGCACUUGCAGAACCAACGGUCAGAUAGGCUUUCUGUCUCUCUGCCUCACAGUACAAGUAAAAUGCAAGUAUUCAAAAACAUUGAUUUUAUUAUCAUGUCAACAUUGGCAGUGUUUUGGGUUGUUAUGGUUUUUCAUUUCAGCUUUAAUCAAUAAUUCUCUCUGGAGUAUUGGCGUCUGUUUAUAUGCCUAUGAAAAAAUGCAAUGUAAAAAAGCAUGGUAAAAUUUAAUUUUAAGCUAUAUAUAUAUAUAUGUGUGUGUAUAUACAUAUAGAUUUGCUCGAAAUGCAUUUAUAGACAGCAAAGAUCUCAUGCAGAAAAUGUGUUUAAGAUAAGCAUACCAGCCUCACUGCAUACGACUAUAGCAUCCAUUUUAAUUACCUUUACACACAAAAGACAACUGCAAUUGAUUUAUAGACUCUUUCUCUCAUGCCUACUAGAUCUUGUAAUCUGAUUAUAGAGUAAAAAAAAUGAAAAUAGAAAAACAGCAUAGUGCAUCAUUCACUGUUGGUUAUUUACCAGAAACCUAUUUUUACUAGACUGUAUGCAGCUGGACGUAACACCUAAUGAUGAAAUAAAAAAAAUGUAAAUAUCAUUAUAAUAGUGUUUGUAAUGAUAGUUGCGUGUGUGUUUAUGAUAUGUGGCUUCGAGCCAUAUCUUAGAAAGACAUUUUGAUGACCCUGGUAUGGCUGAAAAAUUGCUUAAUCUGGACGUCUUCCAAUCUGUUUAAUCGUAGUGUAACCUUGAUAGCCAAAGCACAAAAAAAUAUAGUCGAUCAAAGCUUAAUGCAGGUCACAUGCUACCUAACACAGUUAAUAUAUUCCUCAAGUUUACACGUUUCUCUCUCUCUCUCCCCCGCAGUGCGCAGCCCUGGUUGGCGAAGACCAUCCACUUUGCCCAGACCUUCCGGAACUUGAUUUAUCUGAACUUGAUGUCAAUGAUUUGGACGCAGACAGCUUUCUGGGUGGACUUAAGUGGUAUAGUGACCAAUCUGAAAACAUUUCCAAUCAGUAUCGCAACGAAUCGCCAAAUAUAUUUGAGGUAUGCCAGUUGUCUUUAUCAACCAGACUUCAGGUUGUUUAAAGCAUUGUGUAUUGGGAUUUCUCCAAUUCUCUCUUUUUAAACAUCUUCUUAGAUUUCUUUUUAUAGUGGAGUCCAAGGAUUAGUUAAUGUUACCUUAAUUAAUUAAAUUUAUUUAUAGAAAAUGUGGGAAACUAAGUUAAGUGCAGAUGGUGGCACACAUCAACUUUUGACAACACGCCCUAUGCUGUAGGAUUUUCCAGUUGUUUUUUUUUUUUUUUGGUAAGAUUUCUUUUAACUGAGCAAAAUGUAAUAUUGGGAGUCCUAUGUAAUAAUCCAAUUGUAAUAGGUAAGUAUUUACCUCUGCGGGGUUUGUUCCCUAAAAUAAGGGCUGAUACGAAUCAACAAGAGAACUAAAAAUAUUUAGGCCAAAAUAGACUAAAUGGAAAACUAUCUAAGACUGAAAAUGUCUACAAUUCAACUAUUUUAACAUAAACUCAGUUUGUUUGUUUUAUUUAUUUAUUUUUCUAUGUUUAGUGAAUACACUCUUUUGAUUUUAAGAAGCUUGCUGCUAGUAUUGUUAUGCUCAGUGGGUAAUAAUAUGUAUUUUUAUUAUAGUAUACCUUGCAAAUGUGUCUCUAUAUAGAAGGGACAGUCCCUAUUUUUGGAACAAAUUCUCCAUUCCGUCUUUCCUAUCCCCAUGUCCUUGUUUUCUAGGAGCUCCAUAUAAUAAUGUGCCUGGAUGUGUAACAGAGCUCCACAGCAAUCAUACUUGCUGUAAUGUGAGUUUAAGAACAAUAACCCUGUUUAGAAAUCAGCCUGUGUAAAUAAGAUACAUUGUUCUUCUCUUUUACAUGUUAUUAUUAGCAAGCCAUCUAACAUUUCUCAGAACAGCCCUGCCUCUGAACACACCCCCACUCACACCUCUAAAAUUAAAGUGUCAAUGUUUGUCCAUUUAAAGUGCUGGGAGGUAUGGCAAAGGAUUGUCCUGUGGUGUCCACAUACAAUGUUUCUGUAGAAAGAUAUUAGUGCAUUUGGCAAUGGCUUUUUUUGCCUCUUCUUCCCAUUUGCCAAAAUUUAAAUACAUUCCCUGUGGCUUACUUAUGUGCAUUGCUAACCCAUUGUACCUGGCUGCUGAGUAUAUUGGUGCGUUGCAGAACUAAUUAUGAAAUCACAUAUUCCUUGUAUUUAAAAAUAUAUAUAAAGAUUAUGUUUGUUCUUCCUCACAUAUUUACAUUUCAAAAACAAUUUACAAAGGAAAACGUAAUCUUGAAAUAAACAUAUCAAAUUUUUCAGAAUGUAUUUGGUACUUAAAAAACUUCAGUAAAUCUGUUCUCUGGAAAUCCUCCAACCACUUAGUAGCAGGAGUUAGUCUGGAGUAUUCUGACAAAUCUUACUUGGUGCUAAGUGGCAGUCUCCACGAGUUCUCAGAAGAAGUAACUAAUGAUGUUCUAGAGGUUCGCAUUCCCUCUAAAGAAUCUAAAGGGUUAGGUUUAUUUUAUCCCUAUUAUAGAUAUGUAUUAAGGGCUAGCUGUGCCUUGGGAGGCUGGAAGGCUGAUUAAAUGUCCUUUAAAGUUUGUCAAGCCAUACACUUUUAAAUUGGUUCACUGCAACGUUGAUUGUCACUACAAUCCUAAACUAGUUUCUACCACCAUGCAUCUAUCUACCUCUGCCAUGGCACUAGCUGACUUGGCAUUUCCUAUACCAGUGAGAACCAAAUUCUUGGUUGUUGUUUAGUCAUAGUGCAAGUAAGGUUUUAGAAUACUGCCAGAAAAUGCUUUUAUUGAUUUAUUCCUUGAAUUUGCAAUUGCAAAGCGAGAGGAUCCUUUACAGAGACAGUGACAAAUACGGUCUGCUUUCAUGUCUAAAGUGGAAUGCCUUAGAAGACAGCUGCCUCAAUUGUUGCCCUUGAACUUCACCAAUGCUUCCUUUGUCAGUGUAACUGUACACUGGCAUGAAAAACCAAGUGCACAAGUAGGACGGAGGCCUGGCCACAUGCCUUACUUAGGUUACACCAGUUAGUUGAUGGAAAAGUCUUCAGAGCACUUGGCAGCAGCAUCUUUUUUUUUUUUUUUUAACCGUUGUAUUUCUGGGUGUUAUACGUGUGUAAUUGUAAAAUAAAAACAAAAAUAUAGCGUUUAUUGUAUUAAAUAUAUCAAUAUUGUUAUUCUGAUAAGUGUACUAUAUUUCCAAGUUGAGAUAUAAAACAUUUACUGGAAUUCUCCAACACAUGUAGAGAAUAUAAACAUUCUAUUUAGAAAGUAAAGUUGUUUCAAACUUUAAUGAUGCCCUUAGAUACCAAACUUAAUUUCCGAGACUUUCUCAUUGCUCUAUAGUCUAUAGGAUAUAAUGUCAGAAGGCGAUAUAUGAUAUAGUAGGGUUGGUAACCUGGUGACACUAUCAGUUGCUGCUAUUUCGUCCCACUGUUUAUAUUUUACUUACACCAACCGGUGUUUAGAGAAUACAUCCCAUUGUUACUUAAUGAAUGAGCAUGUUGCUGCAGCAAUGCAACAGUGUUAUUGGCAACAUGCUUAGUCAUUAAAAAACAUUGUACUUUAUUUACCUGUCUUAGUGAGCAUGAGAAAUGUUGCACCUGUGUGUUUAAUGCAUGUCUUAAGAUAAGUUCAUUUUUGUGAUUAUGGCAGAAUAAAUUGAUUCAUUCCUAAUGUUCGUGAAACUAAAACCAGAAACAUUUUUAUCCAGACAUAACAUACAAUUAUUUUUUGUUGUAUUCCAUACUGCCCCUUUGUGAGGAUCUUGUUAGCGUUUUAUGGUAGGAUAUGUACAGAGUUGUGAUAGUUAAAGUGGACAAUGAUGCAUGCAAGAAAACACCAAAAACUAACCAAAAAAAACAAAACAAACAAAAAACAAAACAAAACAAACACAGUGCUUAAGGGUUUUUGUUAGCAUAGAUACAGUGCUGUGAAAAUAUUGGAGCUAUUGUGUGGAACCUCAAAGUGUCCAUUUUUAAAAAAAAACUUUUCACUACUAAAUAAAUUUGCCCCCCAGCAGCAUAUUAAACCACUUAUUAUAACACAUUAAUUUUGUUAUGUUAUCUGUUUCCUCUUUGUGACAUGUAGUGCCUUGUUAGCCUCUCCCUAACUCUGUACCUGUUAAGGAUCACAAAUGAGACAUUCCCAUUUAUAUCAUGAAAUGCCUGGUAUGUCAUCUGUCCUUAAAUGGUUAAUUCCGUGUGGUGUGCAAGGCAUUUCAAGUCACAUGCACAGAAAAGCCUGUUUCCUCCUGCUGUACCCAUACAUUACCAGCUUUAACUAGUAGCAAGCCAGUUGGUUCUAGAGCAUUUUGAAUGAAGUACAUUUUUGUAGGAGGCUCGUCUAGUCUUGGCCUCAUUACAAAAAAAAAGUUGUAAUAAAGUCACAAGACUAAGACAUAUGGGUAUGAUGACAACAGGUAUAUUGUCUGUGCAAUAGCAACCAAGUCAUAAAGUUGAGAUAUAUACAAAGACUGUCUUUGUGGCACGCUAGGUUCAGGACGUUUUGGUAAAUCUAAACGUUAACAUAGUUUGGGAACAGGCAUAGCAGUGAUUCAUGACUCCCUGGUGUUCAGUGCCACCUUUUCAUAGAAAAAAAAAUACCCUUCUGAUACCUGUAUGGGAUUGAACGGAUACAGACAUCUGAACUUCUCUCUAGAGUUAUGUUGAUCAUUUUUAAGUCUUGUGUUUUCUUUUUAAUGAAGAUUGGCUCAAUAUAUCCAAAUCACCUUAAACUCUUAAUGUUCCUUUGGCAUAUAGUGCCACUUAAGAGAUUUUGGAACCUUUUUAAAGGACCACUAUAGUGCCAGGAAAACAUACCCGUUUUCCUGGCACUAUAGUGCCCUGAGGGUGCCCCCACCCUCAGGGACCCCCUCCCGCCAGGCUCUGGAGAGAGGAAGGGGUUAAACACUUACCUUUCUCCAGCGCCGGGCGGGGAGCUGUACUCCUCCUCUCCUCCUUGCUCGCGACGUCAUCGGCUGAAUGCGCAUGCGCGGCAGGAGCCGCGCGCACAUUCAGCCGGUCGCAUAGGAAAGCAUUUGCAAUGCUUUCCUAUGGACGCUUGCGUGCUCUCACUGUGAUUUUCACAGUGAGAAGCACGCAAGCGCCUCUAGCGGCUGUCGAUGAGACAGCCACUAGAGGCUCUGGAGGCUGGAUUAACCCUCAGUAUAAACAUAGCAGUUUCUCUGAAACUGCUAUGUUUAUUAAAAAAAGGGUUAAUCCUAGAGGUACCUGGCACCCAGACCACUUCAUAAAGCUGAAGUGGUCUGGGUGCCUAGAGUGGUCCUUUAAUUCCUUCACUGUAGAAAGUUGGGAGCCAUUUAGAUUUUGAUUGCUGACAUCAUAUUCUUGCUGCAUACUUGUGAUGCAAUAUCGAAUUGACACCUCUGCAAUAAAAUAAAUAAAUAUAUCUAUUCAGCUGCUAAUUGUAACGAAAUACUAAAGUAGAUUAAAAUACUAUUAAUUUGCUGGGACACUUUUUAUUUUUUUUACAUUUUCUUUUAAUAAAAAAUAAUUUUAGUGACAGUUCUACUUUAUCUAUUACAUUUUUUUUACUGUUAUAAUGAUAAACAGGCUGGACAGUGUCUUUUGCUGGAGCCACAAAUUACUUCUAUUUUCUGCAAGUUUCUAUCCUUUAUCAGUCUGUCUAAUUAAACUGUCAGUAUUGACAAUUAUUGGUAGACAGGCCUAGUUUAUUGACUAAUGGAUGUGUUUGGAGGUGUUUUGUGACAUCUGUAAAAUAUGGCAGUGUUUUGUAACAUUAAAGGAUCACUAUAGGGUCAGGAACACAAACAUGUAUUCCUGACCCUAUAGUGCUAAACCCACCAUUUAGAUGGCUUGCCCCCCUUAGCCACCCUAUAAAAGUUUAAAACUCACCUUAUUUCCAGUGCCACACGGGUCUGCCGGUGCUAGCUCUGCCCCCUUUGUAACAUCAUCAAAAUGGCUGAUUUUUAGCCAAUCGAGUGCAUUGCAUUGGCUAAAAUCGGCACGGUGCGUGGCAAAAUGCUGUUUUGGCCAAUCAGGACCUCCUCAUAGAGAUGCAUUGAAUCAAUGUAUGUCUAUGAGGAAAAUGCAGCGUCUCCAUGCAGAGCGUGGGGACGCUGAAUGGCAGGGCUGCUUACUGAGCAGCCCCGAGCUAGGAAGCCCCUUCAGUGGCCAUCUAAGGAGUGUCCCUAGGUGUCCCUAGGGGCAAUGUAAACACUGCCUUUUCUCUGAAAUGCAAUGUUUGCAUGAAAAAAAGUCUGAAGGGAACUAUUAUACUCACCAGAACAACUACAUUAAACUGUAGUUGUUCUGGUGACUAUAGUGUCCCUUAACAGACACUGUAUAUUGUAGUGAGCAAAAUGAGUUUAAAGAUUCCGCAAAAGUGCAAUCUGUAAUACUUAGUGACUUUAAAAAGCACAAUAAACCUUCUUCCUGAUUGGCUAGUCAUUAUGCAUCCAUUUCUAGUAAUCACAGUUUUUCUAACUGAGGUAGAAAGUAGAUGUAUAGAUUUUACAACUUUGCAAACUAGAUAACGGGAUUGAGUUUAAUACCGGUAUGUUAAAAACCAAGUGUAAAGUUGAAACUAGUUCCCGUUAGUAAAAAAAACAAACAAAAAAAACCCCACUAACGACAAGAAAUUCUACUUUAGUGGUAUUUUUCGUCCUUAGUGACGCCUUAAUACCCCGGGCUAGUAAAUGUUCUUUGUAGAUUUUAUUUUUACAGUAAAUCAUAAAUUGCAUAAUUGGUGUAUCUUGACAUUUUCAUAUAUGAUAAUUUUACCUUUAAUCAGCCAUUCCCAGAAAUAUUAAAAAGUUAAAACAAUAGAAACUGCCUGACCUGCUGUCAACCUUAAUAUCCAUCAUGCUCUGUGCUUCAACGGUUUGCCGACUGAUGGGAUUUGUAUUCCAGAGCAGUUCACGUAGCAGAAACUCCCUCCGCCUAUCUUAAAUUAAUUUUAAAAAAAAAUAUGUUUGAAUAUGAUGCCCCUCACAUCCAUGUACAAAUUAUAGUUAAGUUGUUACUUUGUUCAAGUGUGAGUCAAAUUAAAUAAACUGUGAAUUUAAUGUUUUUUUUUGUUUUUUUUUCGGUUUUAAAUCAAAAGCUGAAAUGAAAGAGAUUAAUGCAAUGUAUUUGUUUGCAACUCACAAUUAACCUCAACCAAUCGUGUGUUUUUAACAAUCAGCCACGAAAGGGUUAAUCUGGUCUCCUGCUUGCGAAAGGAUUUUGGCCUACCCAAAAAACUGCCUGUAGCAUUGUUAUUUUGUCAACCAGCAGGUGUCACCCUGUAAUCAGUCUCACUGCAGGGUGCUGACUCAACAUUAUUCACAAGCAUUCUCACUUAGGAAUCCAAUCUAAAUCCAUUGCUUUGCAUCCAUAGCUUUGCCAGCAACAAAAAAAAAAAACUUUGAGCUUUUCACAGAUGCCCGAGUUUCAGACAUUGAGCAUUUACAUAACUGAACAGUAAUGCCCGGCUCACAGAAAGCAUAAUACAUAUCAGAAAGAAACGUAAAUUGUUUUACCGAUGAUUGAAAUGGCCUCACGUCAUUUAAUCUCUUCCAUUCCUAGAACCGCAAAGCCAAGGUACAAAUGAAUCAGUUUGCAAAAGCAGGGGUUGUCAUUCUUGGCAUAAAAAAGAGAUUUGCAGAGAUCAAUGGCUUUUUACAAACGUCAAAUUUAAAAAAAAAAAAUUGGGUGUCAUGACAUCAAUACUUUUUUUUUCUUUCUGUAACUUUAUCAUUGUAGUACAUAUAAAAGUAGAUGAUAAAAUAUUCUGUAAAACUGCCAGUUACGUUACUAUUUCAAGUUAUCCAUUGAAGUUUUGCAGACAGGCUGAUUAAUGAAUUACUAGAUCUUGCGUAAAAUGACUUGGCCUGAUUUUUAAACAACUACCACUGUUUUCUUUGCCAGUCUUGUGACUAGCGUUAAUGGGUUUCCCCUCACCGAACCUCUAUAGAAUUUUUUAACAGAGUUUUUUUUAAUUUUCUUUUUUUCUCUUUUCUCCUUCAGUGUCAAAUGCUCUGAGAAUUAUUGACUAAACAAAGUAUUGCAGAGAAUCGAAAACCAAAAGGCAAAUGUUAAGCUAGAGAUUUUUUUUUUCUUCCUAAAAACGUUCCUACAGUUUUGAUUUCAAUUAUCAAUUCUCUCCAAUUAAUGCUUAAGUAAAUUACGAUAAAUAGUCAGACUAACCUUAAAACUGCAAUAUUCUGAAAACUAUAUUUUGCAUAAUGCUAUGCCUACCGUCUUUGAAAAUGUAGGUCAUAAACAUAAUUUUGAUGUGGGAGAAAAAUGUAAUUAUUGCUGAAUAGUUGGUGGUAUGUGCCCUUCGAUGCCAAAUAUACAUGAUUUAUCACACUGCGUUUACACUACCGCAGACCCCUUGUGUUUAGAGCAAGCACAAUGCUUAACUCAGGAAUGAGCUCUGAACUCUGGAAGGUAGCCUCACAGCUAUGUGUAAAAGGUUAUUGCUCGGUGAAUACUAAAAUAAACUUGAGGUUCAGCCGCAGCUAGCAAUCAUAUGACAUUUUUAUAUGCUUCAAGGGAUUAUGAAGUGGUUUAACUUUAUUCUAAUGCUGUAAAAGUAGCUUAAAUUGAAACCUUGCUAGUGUGCCAGAGGGGUUUGUUAACUUUUGCCAUGUGUCAUUAGUCCUUUGUAAGGGAGACCAACACUAUAGUCUGUAUAUCCAAAGUUCACAGAGUUUGCUUGUUACUGAGUUGAGGUUAUUGUACAGUAGCUUUCCACUGCAGGCUGAAAAACAAUGUAUUUCUCAGCAGCCUUUUUAAAAAGCAUGCAUCACCUUUAGCUGAGCAUUAUGGGAGUUGUAGUGUCACAGCUUGCCUUGUGACAAGGCUUCACAUACCCAAAUACAUGCUAAGUUAUGCAUGCCAACAUUUUAUAUAGAAUUUUAUGUUUGUGACUUUGUCUUGGCUGCUUAAAGGGAUCACCUGAAUCUAAAGAAAGUUGUUAUGGUGCCAGGAUAGAAACAUAGAAACAUAGAAUGUGACGGCAGAUAAGAACCAUUUGGCCUACCUAGCCUGCCCAAUUUUCUAAAUACUUGCAUUAGUUCCUGGCCUUAUCUUAUAGUUAGGAUAGCCUUAUGCAUAUCCCACGAUACCCCAUUCCCGAAUGGUUUAGCCUCCAGUGUUGAUCCUCAGGUCUCCCAGGCGGCAUCUGGCUACUGAAUCUCUGUUUCAGGAAGCGCCGAGUGAUGCCGGGCAGGGAGCUGUCGGCUAAUGCUCUCAGCCAAUUAUUGACUCCCCAUUCAUAAAAGAGAAUUGAAAAAGUUCUGUUUCUUUUUAAGCCAGUGUUAUGAAUGGGGAGUCACUGAAGAAUGCGCUCGGAGGCAUCAUGGCACCAUAACAACUUAAUUUAGAUUAAGAUAACAUUUCAGAUAAUGUUGAAGGUUGACUGAGAGGGGGGGGUGGAUGGAGGGGUGACUCCUGGCACCAUAUUUACCAUAGUGUACUGUAGUGGUUGUGGUGUUUGGAAUGUUCCUUUAAAUUUCAAUUCCUUCCAAAAUCUAUAGACUUAGAGUAUUUAUAUGCCGCAAAGAUUUGUAUUUUAUGACAUUAGUUAAUUUAAUUGAGCAAGUUUAGGAGACAGACGAGUCUGUAAUUUGUUCCACAAUAAAUAACAAACAAAACUGACACAGAGUCAAGUUAUUAAAGUUUACAAGACUAAUAAAAAGACUUUAACUUGGCUAUAAAAAAAAAAAAAGGUUACAAUAGUCUAAAUGUACAUUUAACUUUAAUGUCCUAAGCAAUUUGAAAUAGUUUCUUUUUAUUGUUUGGUGAGCACAAUUAACCUUUUGUCUAAAAAAAAAGCUACAUCCUGCAUCUCCUUUUGAAAUAAGUGGCUCAAGAAAUAUCAAACCAGCCACCAUUUUAAAACGAUUCCAGAGACGGUUUGCCGUUUGAUGGUCUCCCUGGUGUCCUAGCACUCAAUAAUAUUAAGAACCAAAGGCAACACCUAUUUGUCAUUCACUCAGCCUCUCAGGAUAAUAAUGCCCCAAAUGGGGUGCUCUGGGUGCCAAAUGGUGAUGCUCCUUGGUAACAUCCAGAACAGGUGGCUUUGCAUUGUAAGUGCAAGAAGAAAGUUUGAGAUAUGGUGUCAAUAUCCUGUAUUGCCAUUAAAGAAUGUACUCAGAUUCCUUAAAAAUAUAUUAAUCGAUUAAGCCAUGCAUGUAUGACAUAAUACGUGCUACAUGUCUUCCCUAACACUUCCUCCAUCCCUCACUGCUAUUUCUGUACAAUAUUGGCAUGAGUGGAUGAAUAAGUGUGCCAUCCCACUGUUUCUUUACCACGUUAUUUGCCUGUGGUAGUAAUGGGUAAUAUAAGGCAAGUUUUUUUUUAAAUGUACUGCUUUCUGUUUAAUUGUAUUGUGCAUUUCUAUUAAUUUUUUAUUGUAAAUUUUUGAGUUUCAUUGUCAGGUAACAAGCAAAAACUCUCCAUUGAGCAUCCAUUUCUUCCCAAAUGUUCAUCUACCAAAGUUUCAAUGGAAUGCACAGCAUAAGAAUGCAUGUGUUUGUUUCAAUUUUUAAUCAGUGGCGGUUGUUGUAAUUGAAAGGAACACUAUAGUGUCAGGAAUGUAAACAUGUAAUCCUGACACUAUAGAAUUAAACUUCCUAUGUAGGUUUCCGGCCCCCUCCAGAGCAGUGGAAAUGGGUUUAAACUUACCUCUUUUCCCACACUGCGCUGGUCUCGUGCAGCUGGCCCCGCCUCACUCCACCUCCAUGGCUAAGGUCAUCAAAUUUGAUCAUCUCAGCCAAUCCAAUGCUUUGGGAGGUUUUGCAAAUUCGCAGCAAAAGGCUGUACUGCGCCAAUGAGCAUCUCCUCAUACAGAUGCAUUGAAUCAGUGCAUCUAUCUGAGGAAGCUCAGCGCCUCCAUACAGAGCGUGGAGACACUGAAUGCCGUCUGAGUGACUACCAGUAGACAUGUUAUUAGGCAACAAUGUGAACACCUUUUAUCCGAAAAGGCAGCGUUUAAAGUCCUAACACUGCAGGAACAGGCUUUAGACACCAGAACCACUACAUUAAGCUGUAGUGGUUCUGAUGACUAUAGUGUCCAUUUAAAGAUGAUGGUCGGCUGCCCCCCAUGACUGGUAGGACUCCACCUUUUUAACCCCAUGAGAUGUUAUACUCUGUUCAAAGCCAGCUGCAUCUCCAGUGAUCAAUAAAGCGGUAAAUGGAUAAUGAAGAUAUAAUCAUCACACACGUUUGUUUCUAACAUGCAUAUCAAUAUUCCUUAAAAUAGACUUGAUUUUUAAAAAUUUUUAUUUUGCAACAAAAACUGUGUGGGGGGAGGGGGGCGCUGUCCCACCUCCCCCCAUGGACCAGUCUCCACUGGUCUUAAUAAAAGGGGCAACUUUUAGUUUAUUCCAUAAAAAUAGGCCUCAGUAUUGCAGUUGUCCUUCUUCUGCAAUCUUUUAAUGGCAUCUUAUAUGGCUAAUUGCCUUGUACCAAUAACUUUCGACAUUGAGUACAACCUUCCUGUUUGUCCUUGAUCGAGUGAGUGCUGAAAGAUUAGGCCGACAAAAAUGUACAUAUUAGUAUGAGAAAAAAUAAGACAAUUACUUUGACAGCUCAUAUUGUAUGAUGGCUUGUGUGGCCCUGUGCCAUUCUCAAGCACAUGAUCUCGUUGCUAGAAAUGAUCUUUCGGUUCAAUCCUGUUAUACAGACAUUCCAUAGUACUUGCCAACUCUUCAUCAGUAAGGGACAAGGUUUAAAGUACUUUCUGUUUUUAGUAAACCUGUUUUUUUACGCAAUGUUUCUUUAUUCCACUGGAAUUUUUUUAUUUUUUUUAAAGUCCAUACUACAAAAUGCAUUUCUUAGAAUCAAAGGCAAAGUCCCGGGAGUACACUGUGUUCUUUAAACUGUCACACAUCUAAAUACAAACUAGUGUCAGCUGCCUCACAGACAUUUAGAGAUAACUAGUGUGAGUGUUUAAAUGGCCCUCUUUGCCACAGGUCUUCAUAAAUUCAUUCUGGUCACAGUCUCCAUAAACAUCUGUUUUAGUGUUACAACUAUUUUGUGAAGUACUCUGUUCUGUAACAGUCUAUAAAGUAGCCUAGCCGCACUACUGAAACUAUUUUUCCCCAAUCAUUUGUAGCUUUUUCACACAGUGGCGAUAUAUAUAUUUAUAUAAUGGCAAUAUAUAUACAUAUAUGUAAAUAGUGUAGAUUGGAUUAGCCGUAUUAGUCUAUUAGACAAGAUGCCAAAAUACCAGAGUAUUGCAGUAUGCAAUGAUACCUUUUUUUAUUGGACUUGCUUCAGACCUGAGGAAGAGAGGAAACUCUUGAAAGCUUGUCUUUGAAAUAUUAUGUUAGUCCAAUAAAAAAAGGUAUCAUUGCAUACUGCAAUACUUUGGUAUUUUGGCAUAUAUAAAUAUAUAUAUAUAUAUAGGUCAGGGACAAUAAGCUGAGUUAUAGUAGUGGUGGUGUAAGUCAGUUGUGGUGUCCCGAAACCGACAUUCGGGUAGGCCUGUAAGAAGAAGGCCCACCAAAAUUGAAUGGCAUAAUAAAGGGAGCGGUGGGUUGGCUGAACCAGGAAGUAUUGGCUCAGAGGAAGGGAAGGCCUGUGUUUUUAUAGGCCAUGUAACCCUCACCACAACUACAAGCUCCGUCUACAGGCUUAGCCUUCCUAUAUAUACAUCAUUUCUUACUGGGCCAGAUUUCAGAAGUGUUUUAAGUUUAUAAUAUAAGGCACACUCAUGUGAUAUAGUGAAAUAUAAUACACUUCAGCUUCUCUGGCCUUAAAUUUGAAAUUCACUUUGAUUUCUCACUUUAGUAAAUGUGCUCUGCCAUCAGUCAACAUUUGUAGUGACACAAGAUGACCUGAAACUUGUGUCACCUAAAUAUGCCAGGCAGUACACCUAAUUUAGACAUUUUGAUGUUCCCUUUACCUUUAGUGCUCUUAAAGUGGCACCUUCAAUGUCUGGGAACUUUGCAGAAUUCACAAAGACCCCCGACUGUGACAUUGCCACUGGGGGUCUGAGGCCAGGUAGGGCAGGUAAAGGUGAGUACUACUUACUACCUGUCCCUUGCGUGGCUGCCAUCUUCUCCUGGCGGGUGUUCUGAGUAUUUCAUAAAGAUUCUAUGAUUGUUUAUCGGGAGAGAAUGGGGGGUGACAGUGCCGCUUUAAGGUUGAAAACAAAAUAAGCAAGCUGAAGAAUUUUCCCAACAUGGAAUUUUUGGCUAAAUUUUGCUUGUCAUUUCUUACCUGUCAUCAGCUGGCUAAAACAAAGGGAUUUGGGAAUUAAGGACUGCUACAAAAUAUUUAGAACCUGUUGCUUGGAGAGAAUGCAUUUCUAAAGAUCAAGUGUGCCAUCUGUCUCUCAAUGAAAGUUACAGGCCUCUGUGAUAGAUAAGUCACCCCCUUUGGUAUUCUAAAUCAUUAAAAUCUCAUCAGUCCAAGAGGAGUCAUCCCAGUCUUAUCAACACCUUCCAUCAAAGCGUUCUGGUUCAAUUAUAGAUUUGUGUCUCCUACUUGCCCAUGUUGCAGAAGAGCUUUACUGGUUGGUAUGAAUCAGUCAGGCUCACAUAUAGAAUUUGUCUUAGGAUCUCAGCUACAAUUAAGAAGACCUUGAUGGGUCAUUAUCUUUGACACUCGGUAGGACAUACCUUUUGUGUAAUGAAGAAAAGAUGAGUAUUAUUUUGUAAUCGUUGCAUUUAUCUCGAAGAGACAGGGAGCUGAAGAGGACCAUGGUUUGUUGCACAGGGCUUGACCUCUCCUUCUGUUGCAAUUUGUCCUUUCCUCUUAUGUUCUCCACUGUCAAGGAUGAAAUAGUGUUAACCUUUUGAAUCUCUGAAGCCUGAACAACACACAUUUUGGUCUUUAUCAUUUUAAAGGUACUUUGUCAUUAAUAACAACCAAAAAUAAUAUUUCUUAUUGUGCAUUUAAAACUAUGAUAGUGCUAAACCAAUUGUGUCAAGUUUGGUAUUUUGUUUUGUGUUUUUCUUUAUUUUUGUUUAAAUUACACAGCUUAAGUUCAUGUCUUUUUAGUAGGGCAUGCAUAUGACUUCCAGUCAUGCUAAGGGUCUGUUUUCUUAAUACUAUCAGCUAAUUCAUCUUAUCAGGACCUCCUUUGACCAUGCAGCACAUUGAAGUGACACACUCAACUUAAAACAAAUUAUCUCUGGUGUGUGUGUUGGAAAAUAGCCAUUAGGGAGAAAAAAAUUAACUACCUAUGUUUCCAGAUCAACUAUCUAGGCCAAAAAUGUGAAAUUUCCUGGUCAUAUCCCAACAGUUCAUGAUUUACUGAAUAAUUCUGUUUUUUACAAGUGAUUUUGUAAAUAACCCCAUCAGUGUUUAACUGGCAAUAACACAAUGUUUAACAGUAUUUGCUGUAUGACAGAAUGUCUAGCAACCUCAUCAACUUGCAUCCUAAUAAAUAUGUAUACUGAAAAAUAAAAGAAAAUACGGUAAUCACAUCGCCUUGGCAGGAGGAUAGUAGUGUUAUAUGGAUGGGUUUUGUAGGAAUAUGAGAUUCAUAUCGAUUGUUAAUUCAUUUCAAAUUUGAGGACAAAAUAGCAAACUUGAAAAAUUCAACUACGUAUCCAAAUCAGCUAACUUGGCCUCAAAUUUAAAAUUCACUUUGGAUUCCAUGCAAUCCUCAAUUUAGUGAAUAACCCCGAUAGCUUUUUUUUCCAGCUGUUGUUAGACUGCAGUUCAUAUCAUGCUCUGAAAUUUUAGCUUGAUGGGAAUUGUAGUCUGUUUUAAUUAUUUACUUCCUAGAGGGUUAACGAAUUAAACAAACUUGGGAAGAAAGUCUAUUUUUCUCCCCUGGGUAUGAUAUAGUCGGAGAUGUGAUGCUCGGGGUGCUUGCUAAUAAGAUAAUAUUUUAUAAAACAGCUGGUAUGAAAGGAUGAUAAAGCAUGUGAUGCAGUGGAAAAUGCUUGCAAGGUAGGGAUAUCUGUAUACUGAAGGGUAAAUACCAGUAGGUGGUAAUUCAGCAUGCUCGGCAGUUUGUUACUAUACACACCUGACCCCUGCUGCACUUUGCCAAGCAAUAUUUAGCUGACCUCAUCCGUAGAUCAGAGGUCAUGACAGGGGUCAACCUGUUGCCCUUUAGUUUGUAUUGAUGAUCCAUGGCUCCUGUAGACUGUCAGGGUGAUGUAGGAGUAGCAGUCCGAGAACAGCUGAGAUUCGCAGUCUGAGAUACCCCUGGGUUAGACGUUCUCAGACACAGACUUGUGAAUGAUUUCUGUUGGCAGUUGCUAAACUUAAGGCUAUUUUAAAGCAGUGCUUUGAAAUCGAUAAGGCGAUUGCAUGUGGUUUGUCUAAGGAAUGUCUCCGGGCCCUAAAGUAUGUAAACAACAUGGAUACAGCACCGGGCUGAGAAUAAAAGGGAAACAAUGUAUAAUCGUGAACCUGUCACCUUAAAAAUAUUAAUCAAUAAAGAAAAAAAACUUUCAGACAUACCUUUAAAAAAACAACAACAAAAAACAACAACCCAGAAAUAAUAGAUUUGCCUUUGUGCCAUUUUGAGAGUCCCUAUAUCAGUGUUCGAGUAAAUGCUUUAGCAUGCUUGCAUCUCUGUGAAAUGACCCACUGAUAUCAUCUAGUUUUUCAUUGGACCCAAUAUCCUGCCACCAAAAAUACCCCAGGAACGUGUAUAACCCUCAGCCAACUUGGAGUUAUUUACUACAUUCCAAAUGUGAUAAUUAUCAAGUGUCUAUUACAAAAUGAUCAUAUUUCAGAUCUGCCCUGAUAAUCUCUGUGUUUAGUAAAUAGACUCCUUUGCGACGAAGACUGACCUUUGGUAUUUCGGCUGUUGUAGAUAGUCUUUGCCAUAUAAUCAAUCAGUGUUCUACUAGUUGGGAUUCUUUACCAACAGUUUGUAAGACUCACCAGGCAAAGUUCAUCCAAUGUCUGGCAGUGACAUUAAUGAAUAAACGUUAAGAGAUUUGUAAUAAAAGAAAAACGUCCUUUAUGUAACAAUAUAAAAAUCUAAUCGAGGCUCAAAGGUCAGUGCAACAUUCCAACAUUACUCUAGGCGAGAGAAGUCAUACGUACAGCUUGAAGUUACGUAAUCAUUUGUGUCACUGUACUUGCAAUUGUGCCUAAAACCAACUCGCUUUUCAGUACACCAGGCUGUGAGCUUCAGAAGGCUUUGGCAUCAAUUACUUACAGAUAAAGACAGGUAAAUUUAUAGAUUUACAGACCUGAAAAUGUCACUGCAAUGAAAAGGGGUAUAUUUUAGUUUUUAAGAGGUGAAUCUACUUGUUAAAAUAUUACUAUCAUCACUUCCCUAAAGUGAGAUUUAAUUCAAAGUGAAUUCACGGUGAAUUUCACAUUGUAGGCUAAGGUAGCCAAACUGUAAGGAUAGCUGAUUUAGAUAAUAUUUUCAUUUUGGCUAUUUCUACCUUAAAUUUGAAAUUCACUUUCACUUCUCUCUUUAGUAAAUAACCCAGUGUGACUUUUCUACAUCUAGUUUAGAUGGUAUAACUGCAAGAGUUUGUAGUCUGGACAUUGUUUUACUGUGGUCAAGAACAUAUUUGUAAUUCUAGCUUGUUAAGAAUAUCUUGUUGGGUUUGAUCAUCAUAUCAAAUUUCAAGUAACGGAUGAAGACCCAGAGUUCAUCUUUUCAGUGGUCAUGUCUAGAAUGCAUAGGCAGGGGUCCUCAAACUCCGGCCCCCCAGAUGUUGCUACAACUCCCAUGAUUCUCUGGCUAUCUAUGUAAUUCAAAGAAUCAUGGGAGUUGUAGUUCAGCAACAUCUGGGGGGCCGGAGUUUGAGGACCCAUGGCAUAGAGACUUUAUGUUACAGAAAAUGUUUCUCUAUGCUAGGCUGGCUGAGCAUCAUGAUAAUUGUAGUUAACAUCUUUUGAAGUGGGAAUGGUUAGCAAGCAUUUCUUGAGAGAUAUUUGGUAUGAUGCUUUUUUUUUUUUUUUUUUUUUAAACGAUGGGGGAUGGACUAUUACAUCCCUGCUGAGUGGCUAUUACAGAAUGUGCAAAGUGUGACCUUUUAAUUUAGCUUUAUUUUUUUCACUAGAAAAUGUAAAAAGAAUAUAAGAUGAAUCACUUCACCCCUGCAUAUAUACACACUCACAGCAACACAGAGUCUGCCAAAAAGGUGGACAUUUAAAGAACGAUAACGAGAAAAUAGCUAAGUGAAUCAGAACUAUAAAAAGCCCAGCAAUUACCAAAAAUGGAAGCAUAUGCCAGUUAUCUGCAUCUCCUAGGUUGAACAAGUUUUCUAGUAUUUAAGAUAAUUCUCUAGUGGCUUCUAUUUAUAGGCCAAGGGUAAGCUUCAGUAAGAGCUUUUCACCAACCUGCCCUUACAGACUAAGCCAAUAAGCUGCCUGACUUCCAUAUUACACGGCACAGAUAUUAAAUAAGACAUUAAUAGAUCAUUAAUAUAGAAAUGAUUAACUCACAUUGUUGCAACCAGCAUAUAGAAAUGAUUAACUCACAUUGUUGCUGUUUUCAAGGAUUUGAUACACUUUUAAAGAUUUUGACGCCUUUCAAGAAUUGCUAGAUUUUUAUUUACAUCUAAGUUGUUAUGUUUUGUGUUUGUUUGUUUUUCUAAAUUAUGGCUGCUAGCAGUAUGUUCUCUGUAAACCCUAGUAAUUUGUUCCCCGCAAGUAUUAACAUUUUGGGAUGGAAAACAUGCUAGUGGUUUAUCAAUUCUGAGCACUUAUUAUCUCUUACAACUGCUAGUUUAUUGUUUCUCAUAAACACUAAAAGUUAUUUGUCUACAAUAACCUCCCCUCCCCUUAGUAUAUCAAUGCAGCAUUCCUGUUACACCGCACACAACUCAUACACCAAGAUUCCGAUGAGAGAGUGUCACUGUAAGAGGAGCCUUUAUCAGCUCUUGGCAUUACUAUUUUAAUUAUGGGUCUUGUGCUCAGACAAUAGAUUUAGGGUGUCUCUUCUUUAAAUUUUGGGUGUCAGUGACUUUGAUCAAUAUUGGCAAUUCUGUAAAUGCAAGCUUAGAAAUUCAAUAGUGGCACCCAACUCAUACCACGUCAAUUCUAGUUGGUAAAUCUUGAACAGUCGCUGUCUUGCUGUUACAACUAUACCAAGUCGGUUGUUUACUAUGUAUUGACUUAAGCUGACCCAUGUCAAUUAUUCAAUUGAGGGGAUGUCAGAUCAAUUAUACUGAUAUUACAACUUGAUCAAACAUACAAAAGGAACUCCCCUAAACUAAAAUAUUGCAUUGAAGACCCCUCCUCCGUUCCUCACAACAUGUGCCAUAUUUCUAUUUUUACGAUCUUUUUGGAAUAAAGAGAAAUGUCGGGUAAUAUACAAAGUAUCAGCAUUGUACUGACAUUUCUUUCCAUGUAAUGUGUCAUCUGAGAGAUAUGGCUAAUCAGAGAAACUAAUGUCAAGACAAGAAUAGUAGGAGCAUACAUUUUAAAGGCACAGUUAUAAGCAUCAGUUAGCUAGCACGUGAUACGCAAUUUCUAGUUUAACUUUCUAACGUGUCAAGAUUAUUAUUAUAUAGUUCUUUAGUUUUAUUGUAGUCUCAGACAUGUGUUCAUUAACUUUAUUUUAUUACAUAGAACAAAUUAUAUUAAUUUUGGUACAUUAUUUGCGUUCUUUGUUCAAGGGUUACUCCAAGCACCUUGACAACAUCAUUGUUGUGAGGUGGCUAUGGUGCCCGGAGCUGUAAGUGUAGAGUUUUUCUAUGAAACACUGCACAUACAGAGUUUAACCCCUUUGCUGCCAGACACUCACCUCCUGUAGUGUCAUAGGGUCUCAAACUAUUGUAAAAUGUUUUUUUCCCCAUUAUCGGAGGAUGGCAAAAUGGUACUCCUCACAUCAUAGUAUAAAUCCAAAAACUAGGAUGCAUUCCACAGCUACUAAAUAAUAAUUAAUGCUUUAUUCUCAUAAACUAAAGAUAAAAAAAAAUACAGAACAAAAGACACAGUUAAAGGAACACUAUAGUCACCUAAAUUACUUUAGCUAAAUAAAGCAGUUUUAGUGUAUAGAUCAUUCCCUUGCAAUUUCACUGCUCAAGUCACUGUAAUUUAGGAGUUAAAUCACUUUGUUUCUGUUUAUGCAGGCCUAGCCACACCUCCCCUGGCUAUGAUUGACAGAGCCUGCAUGAAAAAAAAAAACUGGUUUCACUUUCAAACAGAUGUAAUUUACCUUAAAUAAUUGUAUCUCAAUCUCUAAAUUGAACUUUAAUCACAUACAGGAGGCUCUUGCAGGGUCUAGCAAGCUAUUAACAUAGCAGGGGAUAAGAAAAUCUUAAUUAAACAGAACUUGCAAUAAAGAAAGCCUAAAUAGGGCUCUCUUUACAGGAAGUGUUUAUGGAAGGCUGUGCAAGUCACAUGCAGGGAGGUGUGACCAGGGUUCAUAAACAAAGGGAUUUCACUCCUAAAUGGCAGAGGAUUGAGCAGUGAGGCUGCAGGGCCAUGUUCUAUACACCAAAACUGCUUCAUUAAGCUAAAGUUGUUCAGGUGAUUAUAGUGUCCCUUUAACAAAGGCUAGAAAGUGUACAAUCGCUCAAUACCAUUAGUUACCAUCAAUAGCCUACAAGGACACAAGCCACAAAACCCCCAAUGCUUUGGCCCAAACCGGAUGCUUCUCUCUAGGGAAUAAAGCAUUGAUUAUUAUUUAGUAUUUACUGGUUUUUUUUUUAUUUGUGCUACUUCUGUUGGCACUUAGGGGAGUGUCCACCUGAGUUUGCACCCUAUCAUUAACCUGCCUCCAUGCAGUAUUGCUGUUGUAUAACUCCUCACAUCAUAACCAUUACAGUUGGGGGUAGUGCCCUUGAUGGCUGGAGUAUCUCUUUAACCAUAUUCUGAUUGCUCCAUGCUUUAAUUACUGACCUGACUCUUAUAGUAACAUCAUUUUAGGGUGAGAAAGACUUUCUCAUCCAUCAGGUUACAUUUUAAAGCAUCCUGUUGCUACUGUUGAUCCGGAAGAAGGUCAAAAACCAUACAUUGAAAUGUUUCAGGUUCUACCUAAACAAAACAAAACAAAAAACAGAACAAUGUACAAUUUGAUUUCUCUCAUGUAAUCAAGAUGUUAUUAAAGAUGUUUGUAUUUACUCUAAAAAAAAAAAAAACAAUAUGCUUCCUUGCUGUGGGUAAAAUCUAAUUUUACUGAAUUCCAAAUUGAUCAUGUGCGUUAUGACAGUCAUGUUAGUGACCAGAGACAGAGACUAAUCUGCAUUGAAUGUAUGUAUUUGUAUGUUUUAUUAUCUCCCAUAAUCUAAGUAUUUUAUCCUUUUCUCUGUUCAGAUUAUUCAUAACAACUCGUGUCAGCAUUUUUUUUCUUCUGUCAUGCCCUUUUAAUUUCUAAAGACUGCGAGCAGGGCAACUCAACCCUUAAUUUCUACUAUUUUCAGUAGCCUAACCUUGUUCUAACUUCACAAAAAUAUACCGGGUUGCAGAUUAUUAAAAAGAGGACCUGAUUUCACCUUUAAAAUUGAUACAAAUAAAAAUCACACACCACAAAAGCUAACAUUAGACAACCUUAGAUGGACAUGGAAGCAAAACCUAUCUUAUCGUCAAGAGAGGCGCUGUGUAUGUAGCGGGGAAGUUUCAAAAAUAUGAUUAACAGAAUACAGGAGGAUGGUACCAAAGAUUCAUAGCACCAUAAUUGCUACAAACAUUUAUAGGUGGUUUUGGUACAUUGAGUGCCCUUUAAUACACAAACAUAGUGACUAGUCUUUUAAUCCAAUCUUCAUGGAUACUUUUCCAAAGUCAAGUUGUGCUGUUGAAACAGCCUCCCCUUAGUGAUCUCAGUCUAGUACAAACCAUCUUGCCACACGUAAUUCAUUUAUUUACUAAUCAGCAAAUUACUUCGCGCAGUCAGUAAAUGUUAGGGGCUGAACACUGAUAAGAUCAUUUGCUUUCAGGUGUUUUCUCAAAGUUGCUCUCAGCAUCAAGUAUAAAUUGAAAAGAGUGACCUUUUGAUACAGAAUCAAAUUGACUGAAUUUCUAAAGAUUCACUAGUUUCAAUUACCAUAAAUUUUUCAUAUUGGGCCUGCAACCGUUGUGCUGGCUGCAGCAACACUAUAUCUUAUCUUUUGGAUUGUUAAUUCAGUCACUUUUCUGAUUUCCUGUUCCUGGAGAUUUUUUGUUUGUUCACCACAUAACAUGCUAAGUGUCAAGGACAUACAAGAUAUGAAGUUUACAUAAGUAAAAUCUAAUCACUAAUUGACUGGAAAAAAAAUAAUGGCGCUUGUGAAUGGCGCUUUAGGAUCACGGGAUAGGACUUUUCCUUGAAAUUCAAAUUCUUUGCACUUAUGAAGAUAACAAUGUACUUUGAUUUAUUGUUUUAAUCCUGUUUCUCUGAUGCUUGAUGAAGAGUUUUAUUACAGUAUUCUGUCACUGUCUGGGGUCUUUGCAUCGCCAAGUCCCACAAUGGCGACAUCACUGCUGGGUGUCCAGUGGCCAUGGGGGGCAAAGGAAGAUAGGUUACACUUACCUGAAUCCUCUUCCUUUGGACCUCUAUAGCUCUUGGCAGGAGUCUACAACAGCACUAUAACCUCAUGUAUGCGUGAGUGUACAGCAUUGAGGUCUUGGGGGAAUCACGUGAGACCGUAGGAUCCUCCAAAGAAAUCGCUUUUUUCCCUACAGCCAUCACUGGUAGCAGAUGGGGGAAAUGACAAGCUUGACAAAAAGGUAACUCUGCCUUAUUGCCAAGCGAAAGAAAAAUUUGUAGACAAAGUAGUGCCUACUUUGUCUCAGUAUAUCUUUUGACUUGUUUGGAAUUUCUGUGCAAUUCCAACUGAGUCAAUAUGAGUAUUUCAUAAAGAUUUUAUCUUUAUGAAUUGCUCAUUUUGGAUUUGGGGUGACAGAGCUGCUGUAAAGGGUUCCUCCAACCAAAAAACAGUGUUUUUCAUAAAGCACUGGUUUUGGUUAGAAUAACAAUUUCUGAGAUGGGCUGCCACUUCUGUCGUUGUUCUCUCUGCAGCCCAAUCCUCCAUGCCUGACGUCACUCACAGUGUAGCGGAAAGGACAGGGGUGGCACUAGGGUGACGUGGAUUGCUGUGUUUUGUUCUGGACUGGCAAAUGACACUUCUGAAGGUGGUGUUUCACCAAUGUGCAGCAAUUUAAAGAGAAACGCUGUACAUACAGAUGCCAGGCACCAAGACCACAUCAGAAGAUGGAAACAAGAAUACUGAAGGGCAAAGAUAAAUAUUUGCCAACUAGGUAUAGCUUGGUAAUAUACUUACAUGGAAGGAUGGGUGGAUAGGUUUAAAUCUGAGGAAUUUAUUGUUAUUAGUAUUAGGUAUGAUUUGCAAGCUAUGUUAAAGAAUGCUACUUUGUAGCUACAGCAGUAUGGUAAGACGAGGGCUGAUGUUAAAAUGAAGGUUGAGGACUUGGAACUGGCACCUAACCAAUUCAAUGUUCUAUGACGAUACUGCAUGCAAUCAAAUAGUGAUUCUGUGUUUUGAGCAUUGUAUGUUUUUAGUAUUCUGUCACGUGAUCAUAAACCCUUUUAUAUGACAUACGUUUGGAAUAUAGAAGAUUCCACGCUAAUACCAGGUACUGAUUCCAGUCUAGGGAUAUAUAUAUAUAAUCCCACUCCUGACCUAAAUACGACAAAACACUUGUAAAGGUGACAGAUAGUCGACAAUAUUUUAAAAUAAAAUGUGUUAAUACAUAUUAAAAUACAUUCACAAAUGUGAAGAACAAAUGAGGGCGAGAGCUAGGUACCUGGGCUACCAUCAAAGUGUUUUGCAGUGAAGCAUUGAAAUGUUGUGUGCAUGUACAUGGUGUCUGUCAUGCGUGCCGCAGUGCCAAGGAACAAUAUAGUGUUAGGAUUGCAAUCCUGUAUUCCUCAAGCUAUAGUGUAUCUGUCCCUAAGUUAGAGAUGAUCCCCUCCUUCCCCCUCCCCCCAAAAUAAAAUGAAUGAAUGAAUGAAAGGAUUUACUUACCCUUUUCCAGGGCGGAGACUCCCUUGGGGCUGCUCACCUCUCCGCCUCCUGCGAUGUCAUCAAGAAGGCAUGGCUUCCUCCGCUAUGGUUCAAUCUGAUACUCCUCAUACAUGAGCACAGGGGACCUGAUGCAAAUGACAGCUGUAUCUACAAAACAGCAAUGUUUGAAAUGUUUGAAAUGUUUGAAAAGGACAAGGACUCUGCACACGGACCACUUCAUUGAGAUGAAAUGGCCUAGGUAUAAUUAGAGUCCCUUUAAUAUCUCCUAAUUUUCUAAUGCAUUGGCUGAAAUUGUAAAUCCAUAAACUGGUCUCCUACCUUUUAUCAAAUUCCAUAUCCCACUUGCUGCAAGAACUGACCCAUAAAUUUAGGCUGUCGUUUAUCCCAGCGCUGUGAAUGUGGCUUUAGCAUCAGCUGUUUUGAUGAGCCAUCUGCCUGGCAACGAGUACCUCAAACCUAAAAUUAUAACUCCUGUUUUUCAUCUGUAUGUCAAUAACUUCAGCUGAAUUCUUCUAUAUAUCAUUCAGCCUCCUUUUGACUGUCGUUUUAUGGUGUUCUCCCCAAGGAACUGCUUUAUAGAGACCAUAUUUCACCAUUUGUCUCCAGGAUCCCUACGCAAAACACAAUGCCUAGCAGGUUAAGUUAAUGCAAAUGUUUGACACCAUAAAGCUAUUGGACGUACAUAACAAGCUGUAAGGGAGAGCGAUUUCUUUUAUUUUUAACUUGUGAAAGCCAAGCUAUCUAUUUCAUAUCUCUGGAUGCAGAGAAAUUGACUUCCUAAUCUAUUAUUCUGAAUGAAGCCAAUAUAUUUUAUCCUAUUCUUAAAUCUUCAGAUUCUAUUUUCAGAAUUUACUGUAUAUAUGACAGAUGCAUAUAUUUAAAACAUUUUUUUUUUUUUUUGCAGCAUAAUCUCACUUCAUUUUUGAGCCUUAAAAUACAGUAUUAAAAUGUAUUUGUGUAAAUAAGAUGUUCUAGCUUAGAGAAAUAAUAAAAUCUAAAAUUGUUUUCUCGUGUGUAUGUGCAUCAUAGCGGAUUGUGCCCUGAUGUUUAGCAUAGUGAAAUUAUUGGUGCUUUAUAAAUAAUUGAUAGCAAUAUCUUGAAAUUAGAUUUGUGUGUCCUUUCCAAUUUGUGGAGAGAAGGAUUGAUUAAAUGGCAUUAUCUGUCUUUGAGCGUACAUUAGAAAUCUAAUGUUGUAUGUUGAUGUUGUUCUGUGUGAUGUUUUGGAAUCCUGUGCAUAUCAGUCGUGGUUGUAAAAAGGUACCACUGACUGACAGAGAGGCCAUUUUCGUAUUCUGUCACUGAACUGUAUGUCCGCUGGUGAUCAGCAGAGAAAAAUUAAUUAUUGCCUGCCACCUUUUCUGUGUAAAGAAUCUACUUUACAGCCAGUGUAAAACUCAUCUGGUAUUGCCAUGAAACUCGUUUCCACUUCAGAUGAAAACUCAUUUGCAAUCCAUUCCAAAGAUGUGUUAGAUAAUCACUGUACGACAGUACAUGCUUAUGGUUGUAUUGUGGUGGGAAUGCAGGUCAUUACUCAUCACCACUUAGAUAUUCAAGCAGUAGCUACCAUUAUUGCAAUACAGGAAGAGUGUACAGGAUUCUAAAUGACUGUUCCUUGGGUUCUGAAGUUAAGGCCCGGUAGCUCUUAUAGACAUUUCUGGCUUAGUGGAUAUAGAUUUAAUCCAAGAUCCAUUUAAAAGAGUAAAUCAUGUGAUAUUUUUAGAAAGGUGGAGUUAAAAGGAACAGUCAUGUCUUUAUGUUGCGAUGUAAUUUUAUUAUUUUAUUUUAAACAUGUGUAUUGAAAUUUUUAAAGCAAUCACUUACCUACUUUUCCAACUUAACCUUUCAAACAGCCAUUUUUAUUCUUGAGUUUGGAUCAGACUGUAUGGUUUCUUACCUAAUGCUCAUUAUUUUGCAACUGUACAUUUCCUUCAAAAUCACGGACAGAAAUCUCUGUGGGCAGAAAGAGCACAUGAUUUUGAAAAGCAAAGGAUGGCUGCAAAAUAGUGAGUAUUAGGGUAAAAAACUAACUGAAAGGGGGGGGUGAGAAGUAUAUUUAUUUAAUUCAAAAUACUUAAAUUCAAAUAAAUAAUUUAAUACUUUAUAAUAACAUUUUAUACAAAUAUUUUUUUUUUUUUUUUAAUAGUGAUAGUGUUCCUUUAAGUAGGGACCAGUGAUGCACAAAAUGUGUUUUUUACAUGAGUGAUAUGAAAUGAAAUCAGUACAAUGUGAAACUUCUAAUAAAUAUGUGGGGUUGCUUAAAUGGUGGAUCCCCAGAUGUUUUAAAACUACCACGUCCAUAAUGCAAUACCAUUCUAAAUGCUUGCAAAGCAUCAUCGGAGUUUUAGUACUAAUUACCUGAAGCUUACAUUCGUCGCUCUAUGUUUUGCCUUCUAUCUAAUUUAUACAAUGCUGUGAAUCCAGGCCAUAGGAGAUUUAGGUAUUUGAUUAAUAAACGCAAUAAAAUAUGUAAGAAAUAGCAUAAUUCACCCAUAGAUUAUUCAUAUAUGUAGGCCGCCACUCAUAAUUUUUGUUCUCCUUUUUUUUCUCUUUGCUUGGCGAAAUAUUUUAUGGCCCUGAAGCAGUUAAUUGGUGAAUGCUUUUUCAAGAAUAGAAUGUUAAAUCUCCCACUGGAGAGCUAUUUACCUCUGUGUACCUGAUACUUUACUCUUGCUCUGUUAUUUGGUCAAGACCUUGCUGAAUUUCACGUGAAGUUAGUGUGUCCAAUAAAUGGCCUCACAAGGGGUUUAUCUGAUAACAAAAAUAAAAAAAAUAAAAAAUACAGCAAAACCCCACAGAAUCACUUACCUGUUUCCAUCGACAAAAACUGUGAAAAAUGCUUAUUUCUUGUCUCAUUUUCUUUUUUUUAAGCCCAUGAUGCUUAACAUAUAAGAUCAUGGCUGCUGGCUUCCCAGUCUAUUACGGUUUUACUGGCAGUCCAGUGAAGGUUUAAUUGAGAGGCGAAAAUAAUUAUGUUGAUGCAAUAACCUGCUUGGAUUUUUUUUUUUUUUAAUUAACGGUAGUAACCCUAAUUCUUUUACAUGUGCGUUCUUAUCCUGAUUGGCCCUUUUCCCAGAGCGAGAUAUGCUCCGUAUCAGUAAAUGCUGACUGAUAUCUAAAGGGUGGCUUACAAUGACAGACCUUUAACCACAUCAUGGUUUAACCUCAUACUGCGAUCCGCAAGAAAACCCUUGCAGCACUGUGAUAUAAUUUAAUACACUAGGCUCUAUAGUCUACCACAGAGCAAUUUAAAACCUACAGCGCAAAAUAUUUUCUAUAUACAUCAUACAAAAUAGAAUUAACUAGAUUGCAGAACCUGCAUCUUACCUACUGUGUCUCCAAAGAAUUAGUUAUUUGAAAUAAAAAUCCCAUAAUUCCUCAAGCCUAUCGUGUUGGCCAUCUUGUUUUAGAAAUUCAAAAUGUGUAUUAGUGUAUCACAGAGUUCCACAGCAGGUGUGUAUGAGUGAUUACAGAACUCCACUGCAUUUGUGCAUGCAAAUAUCACAGAGCUCACCAUAAUGUGCAGUUCCACUUUAGUAAACCUAUUAAUGGUUAAUUUAUGUAAAUUAAAUAAUUUGUUUUACCCAUCAUACCUAUUCCUAAAAAUAUCUGUGAGAAGGCAAUAAAUUAAAUGGACACAAAAGGCAAGCAGUCCGCUACAUCUUAAUUAAGUGGUCUGUAUAAUGUGCCUGCUUCAUAAAAAUGGCAAUGUUUUCAUCACCUCUUAAUGCUUCACUAUGAGGAAGCAUUGGAUUGGCUGAGAUCAAGAUUAAUGUUCUCAGCUGAGGAGGCAGGACCGUUGCAGUGAGACCAGCUCGCUACAGGAUGUAAAAUAAGUAAAACGUACAUUUUAAAAACCCUCACUUGGGGGGUAAAAACCUAAAUAGGUAAGUAAACACUAUAGCCUUAGGAAUAAAUGUUUGUAUUCCUAACGCUAUAUUGUUUCUUCAACUGUAAUCCCCUCCAAUGAAGAUACACUCAAAUGAUCACUCCAAAAAGUGUCAUAAUUACUGUAAUCUUAAACAUCUUCGACAUUGGCAAAAUAAAUUGUCUGCUAAGUUGUUUCAAAGACAUCCUGACAUUUUAAAUGUAAAUGUAAAUAAAUUAAGUAAAAUGUCUACUUAAAGGGACACUAUAGUCACCUGAACAACUUUAGCUUAAUGAAGCAGUUUUGGUGUAUAGAUCCUGCCCCUCCAGCCUCACUGCUCAAUCCUUUGCCAUUUAGGAGUUAAAUCCCUUUGUUUAUGAACCCUAGUCACACCUCCCUGCAUGUGACUUGCACAGCCUUCCAUAAACACUUCCUGUAAAGAGAGCCCUAUUUAGGCUUUCUUUAUUGCAAGUUCUGUUUAAUUAAGAUUUUCUUAUCCCCUGCUAUGUUAAUAGCUUGCUAGACCCUGCAAAAGCCUCCUGUAUGUGAUUAAAGUUCAAUUUAGAGCAUGGGUCGUCAACCUGGUCCCUACCGCCCACUAGUGGGCGUUUCAGGAUUCCAGGUGGGCGGUAGGGAUUUUGUAAUUUUGAGAGACUGGGCGGGCGGGUGCGAGCUGGCAGUACAUACAUACAAAGACAAGACACACAUACAUACACACAUAUAUACAGACAGACACACACACACAUAUAUAUACAGACACACACAAGACAUACAUACAAAGACACAUACACAAACAAACACACACAAAAUAUUUUAGUCACCCUCCUGUUUCCUACCUUUUAGGUGCAGGAGGGUGACUUUCCCUGGGGUCCAGUGGUGGCUCAGGUGGAUGGGAUGGGAACUCUGACUCCCUGGUCUUCCUCCCGCGCGGCUCUCAGUGUUAGCUGGGAGGAGUGACGUGCAAUCACGUCCUCCCAGCUCUGUGAUGUAAUAACAGGGGGCCCGGUCGCGCUGUUAAAGCGUCCAGCGCUGACCGGGCCCCCUCACAAUCCACAUCCAUCGGGUGGCCCAUGCUGUCAGGGCCACCCGAUGGAACCCCUCCAUAUACGGCCCAGCGGUAUGCGGCGACGGUUUGCGUGCGGGCGAGGGGCGCACAAUGGUGAUGGCCAUCACCAUGCGGCCCGACCCGCCGCGACCAAAAACCGUCUGGGCGCAUAUGGAAGAAUCCAUCGGGUAGCCCAUGCUGUCAGGGCCACCCGAUGGAUGUGGGUAGUGAGGCACCCGGUCAGCGCUGGACGCUAGCGACAGCACCAGCCCCAUCACAGCUGGGGAAGUGAACCGUCACCAGCAACUGCGAAAAUCGAACACCAAACCCCCCACCACCACCACAACAAACACCCUCCUGCACCCUGAAGCAAAACCCAUUUAAAAUAACCCAAUAUUAAACAGCAUAUGCCUUAUGUAAUAACAGUAAUAUUCUAUAUAUAAUAAUAUCCUAUACUAUAUAUAUGUCUUAUCUAUAUGUAUGUGUUGUGUGUAUGUAUCUGUAUCUUGUGUCUGUCUGUAUGUGUGUUUGUGUCUUUGUAUGUAUGUCGUAUGUGUUUGUCUUUGUAUGUGUGUGACUGUAUGCAUGUCUGUGUGUGUGUGUCUGUAUGUAUGUGUGCCUGUCUGUUUGUGUGUCUUGUGUAUGUGUGUCUGUAUGUGUGCCUGUCUGUGUGUCUCUAUGUAUGUGUGUGCCUGUCUGUCUGUAUGUAUGUGUGUUGUGUGUGUGUGUGUGUGUCUGUAUGUAUGUGUGUGUGCCUGUCUGUUAUAGUGGGCUAUAGUAAGUAAUAGUAAGUGGGAUACCCAGCUCAGCCUUCCUACUGGGCAUUGAUAUAAGGAAGGUUAAAAAAUGUUAAAAAAGGGAAAAAAAGUGGGGAGGGGAAUUGAGGAGGGAGAGGAGAGGAGCUGAUGCACAGAUGAGAAAUCAUAUUAUGCGCAAACAGAGAAGUCGUCUGAAUAUCACCGAAAGAGGAGACCUUCGUUUGUUCCUUACGAAAAUCGAACCAGAUAUCAAAUAUUUAGUCUUGCAGCAUCAACCUCAAGUAUCUCAUUAAUCACUAGUAAAGGUAAUUUCAAUUUACUUUAUUGUUUUCUCAUUAAACUUUGUAAAGUUAAAAACAUUAUAAACAUGCAUUAAGUAGAAAUAAAAAGAUAAAUGUAUGUACAUUUAUUUUUUAAAAAACACCCUCCUUUCUAAAAAAUAUUCUGCACUUGCGCGAAAACUGGUGGGCGGUAAGGAAAUUUUUUCAACCAAAAAGAUGCAUUAGCGGGCGGUAGGUAGAAAAAGGUUGACUACCACUGAUUUAGAGAUUGAGAUACAAUUAUUUAAGGUAAAUUACAUCUGUUUGAAAGUGAAACCAGGUUUUUUUUCAUGCAGGCUCUGUCAAUCAUAGCCAGGGGAGGUGUGGCUAGGUCUGCAUAAACAGAAACAAAGUGAUUUAACUCCUAAAUGACAGUGAAUUGAGCAGUGACAUUGCAGGAGUAUGAUCUAUACACUAAAACUGCUUUAUUUAGCUAAAAUAAUUUAACUAAAACACUAUAGUGUUCCUUUAACUAUUUAGUUAUAAAACACAUUUGGUAAUAUAGAGUCUAGAUUUUAUAAGUGACAUUGUAAAAUAUAAUCCAAAGUAACCACUUUUGGAAACAUUUUAAAAAAAAAUUCAUUGUGCAUUCUGUGUUAUCAAUUUAUAAUUUAGGCUAGAGUUUGCAUGAGCCUCCUGUGUGUAAUUAAAGUUCAACUAACAGAGCAGGAGAUAAACAUUUCUAAAGUAAAUACACCGUGCUCUCACAUCUGAUUGUAAAUAAAACCAUUUUUCAUGGAGGCUGUGUGAAUCACAGCCAGGGGAGGUGUUGCUUGGGCUGCAUUAACAGCAACUGGAGUGAUCAUUGAGACUGCAGGGGCAUGGCUAUACACUAAAACUGCUUCAUUAAGCUAAAGUUAUUCUGGUGCUUAAAGGGCCCAUUUAAAUUCCACUUCAUACAAACAUACUGUUUAUUUAAUGAAACUUUUUAAAGGGGCGCUGUCUCUUCCCAUGAUUUUUAUAUAAUUGCUAGUUUGUGGCAAAAUUGGAAGCGCUUCAGACCAGGUUUUUUGCCAUCUUUAGGAUCAACAGCAACAACAUUUGUGAGGAAGGCUGAACUUGAUGGACGAAAGUCUCUUUUCAGCUAUGUAACUAUAUAUGCUACUAAAAGUUAAGUGUAGAAACUCACACCAAUAUGUUUAUCUUCAUGCUGGAACUCAGUGCCUCCAUCUUGACACUCUGUCAGUCAUUGUUAUAAGCUCCACCCUUGGCAUCUGUCCAUCAGUGUAGAGAGUGCAUAGAAAAACAAUGUUUUUGUUUAUCUUACAAUGCAAUGCGUUACCUGGCUCUGCAAGGAACGAACUGGAUUGUGAUGUCAGUUGCCAAAUCUUUAAUAUACUUUUAAAAGAAAAUGGAACAUCACAUAAAAUAUAUUUAUGCAAGUUAUAGAUGUUUUAUUUGGUAAAUAAAUUGCAUUUUGUAGUCAUAGAAUAUAACAUCUCAAAACAUCUCAUAAACUUUCCAAAAUAUAACAAUAAUUUUAACAGUUUUGACAACUUUUCCCAGUCAAGGCAAAUGCAAUUCACAAUCAUCUAAAGAGCCAAGGUUAGUUAUCACUGUUUAAAAUAUAUACCAAUUUUGAAACUUAAAAUACAUUUUUUUGGGCUCAACCUAUCGCAUUAACUUUUCAAAGUUGAGAGAGAAUCAUGGGACUUGUAGUUCAAGCAUAUGCAGAAGCUACAAGUUGUUUAGCCCUGAUUACAUUGGUUCAUUGUAGCUUUUCUUUUCUAAAUGGUUAUUAAAUCUGUGUCCUUCCCACUGUUGAUUGAUUUGCUUUUCUGAAAUGAGUGUACAUCCAUCCCUCAGCAGCUAAUAAAUUUGUUUCUAUAUAAAUAGCAAUUUGGGAUAAUUAGAAGUAAUAGCAUAGCCAAAAAAUAUAAAGGUUACCUUGCAGAGUCAUUUCAGUAAGUAAUGGGUUCGACUGCCAUGUCAGUUUGGAACAGGCAUGUGUUAGCAAACAAGUGUGCUUCAUUUAUUUCGACGUUGAUUUAUUUGCUGUGUAAAUUGGGACACGUGCAGUAAUAUAAUGUGACAUUAAUUGUUUAACGGAGUCAUCUUUGUUACGUUUGUUGCUUUCUCCUGGGUGUCUGAUUGCUGAAACUGGUACAAAACUAAUUGAGUCUGCUCUUUUGAAGACCCAUGCCCACGAAUGUGUCAGGCUCGUUCGAGUGCCAACUUUCCUCUUACAAUGAACCAUUUAAUAACCAAUAUUACUCAUUCAUUACCGCUCAGCAAAGGACACAAACAUCUGUGUGGCAGAAUAUUGUGUUGCUGAUAUAAAGUGUAUUCAUUUUGUAUUGCAUGCUCAUUUUGCCAUUCUAUAAUGUCACAGUUCUACCUUAUAAAUAUGAAGAGAUGUAUUAAAGCACAAAAAAAGUAAAUGUUCUAAUUUAGGAAGAAGAAAAAAAUAAUCAUAAAUAACCAAAACUGGUAAUGUGUAUUGGGAAAAACCUUUUUUUCACUUUAAUAAGUUUACAUUGGUGUUUAUCCUCAACUUAAUAACUUGAGAGAUUUAACCCAAAGUUAAAGCGUCACUGUCAUGGUCUGGAGACUUUGCAAAAUUCACAAAGAAUUCACAUCGCUGCUGGGGUCCGGUGGCUGAGGGUGGAUGGCUAAGGUGAGAUUUACUUACCUGAACCUGUCUCUCGCGGUCGCCGCCAUAUUUUUCGGUUUCCUCCUCUUUAGCUCCUGGCGCUUCAGCCGAUGUCACUGCUGUACUCUGAAAGAAUACAGCAUGAGGUCUAUGGAGGAUCUUGCGACCCUUCCAAAGACCCAAUUAAUUCCUUGUUAACAAUACACCCCAUUGUCUUCUUCCAUCUGCUACCAUUGUUAUAGUAUUUAUAUCAUUUGUAUUACAUAUCUUUCCAGUAUUAAUGUUGCCCAGUGAAAAUCAUUUUUUGUGCUUGCCACAAUGGUGCUCAAUGGCCCACAAUAUGAAGAAGUACUGCUGUUCUCCAGGCACACUGAAGGUUAACACAAUGUUGAACAGGCUCUAGAUAGUUAUAUCUAAUAAUGUUAGGUUUUAGAAUAGCAUGUGAUUUAAAGCUAAUCUGCAAAGGAUAAAUUACAUUUGUUAAGUAAAUAACUUUCUAAUGGACCAAGAAUGGACAUAUGCGUAUUAUCUGGACAAGGACAACCUCAAAGCCAAUGUUCUUGUGCAAAUAUACUACACCCAGAGAUAUAAAGUCAUUCAUAAAGGUUCUCUGCUCCCAAUGCCAAGCUUAUGAGAAAUGUUGACUCUUAAUGUGCAACAACAAGUUGGUCAGGCUAAAUAACAGACUCCCAAAGCUGAGGGUGAGUAAAAUAUUGUAGAAUUACCACCCAUUGUUAAAUGUAUGUAUUCCAUGUGAAGGAUCCAUCAAUUGAGAAUUGCAUCAAAUGUUCAAAAAGAUUAAUGGAAGACGUUGUACUACAAGAACGUUAGUGUGUACACUGCUUGCUAAUUUGAGCAAGGCCAUUCUUAGGUUUUGUUCUGGUAUGUUGAAAAUGUAACGGAUACCCAGAAAGAUCUAAUUAUAAAACUUAUUGAGGUCUACAGGUUUCACAACACUGUUUUCGGCUUGUGUUUUGUACUUGUGGAAUGAUUAAAGAAUCUUAAAUCAUAGAUGCCUUCUCUCCUUCUUCUGCAGAAGAUAGAUGAAGAAAAUGAAGAGAAUUUGCUAGCAGUACUCACAGAGACAUUGGACAGCCUCCCUGUGGACGAGGAUGGAUUGCCUUCAUUUGAUGCACUGACAGAUGGAGACGUGACCAAUGAACAUGAUCCUAGCCUUUCAGCUAUGCCUGACGGUACCCCUCCAACUCAGGAGGCAGAAGAGCCGUCACUAGUAAGAAACCUUCCUACUGUUUAACAGGAAUUGGAUGUACUUCUGGCUACCCGCUGCAUGGGUAUGAUGUAGUCAAAAUAAGGUUUGGACUUUACCUUUAGGUAGAAAACAAAAGACCGUAAAGUAGAUCUAUCAAAUGUUCACCUUAAAAGGGAAGUAGCUCUUCCCCAAGAAAAAAAAUAAUCUUUAUUAUACUAAAGAACAUUAUUUUGUUAAGAAAAGUAUUUUGAUUGCACUAUUUGGAGUAGCAGCAUUUUAAACUUAUGUAGCUCCAUAACGCUCCCUUCAAGGCAUGCUGCUUCCUCAUUUUUCUCAUUAGUUGAUGUGUCCUUUUGGAUGUCACAAUGUUGCAUCAACCAGUGGGGAAAUAGUUUUACAACCAAUGAGAAUGUUGCUUGUGAGAGCAUGGGAAAUAUGUAUAUGUGUAUAUAUCCUUUUUUGAAAGAUUUUUUUUUUAAAUUUAGGAUACUUCCCCUUUAAAGAUGAAAACAUUGUUGUGGUUAUUGAUUUACCAAGUACAUCAAGCUCUUUAUAUAGUAUACACUCCUUUUAAAUACUUAAUAUAGUAUUUGUUUUCAAUGGGUUUACUCCUCCAGAAUAUACAUACCAAUUCCACCCCUUUGAAGGCCAAGAUGCAGUGUUUCCAACGCGUUUGAUUGUAUUGGUUGUCAUGUACAUAUAUGCUACUAAAGAAAUUCUUGGAGGACAAUGCAGAUUAGUUUAAUCCAUGCACACAGAACCUCACCUGGUUGCAUUAUGAGAAGGCCACACAAACUGUGGAUUAAUGCUUUUCUCUCUAGGGAGUUGAAGAAUGCAUUACAUAUUUGUCGUUAACUUUAAAGGACCACUAUAGUGCCAGGAAAACAUACUUGUUUUCCUGGCACUAUAGUGCCCUGAGGGUGCCCCCACCCUCAGGGUCCCCCUCCCGCCUGGCUGUAUGGAGAGGAAGGGGUUAAACUUACCUCUUUCUCCAGCGCUGGGCGGGGAGCUCUCCUCCUCCUCUCCGCCUCCUCUCCUCCUCUUCAGCUGAAUGCGCAUGCGCGGCAGGAGCUGCGCGCGCAUUCAGCCAGUCCAUAGGAAAACAUUCACGAUGUUUUCCUAUGGACGCUGGAGUCUUCUCACUGUGAAAAUCACAGUGAGAAGCGUGGUAGCCCUCUAGCGGCUGUCAGUGAGACAGCCACUAGAGGCUUGAUUAACCCUAAUAUAAACAUAUCAGUUUCAGAGAAACUGCUAUGUUUAUAGAAAAAAGGGUUAAACCUAGCUGAACCUGGCACCCAGACCACUUCAUUAAGCUGAAGUGGUCUGGGUGCCUAUAAUGGUCCUUUAAGGCUGAAAGUGAUGCACGUUCACUGAUUAUAUUAUAGAUUAGAGUAGAUAUGAUAUUUUCACAGGGAUUUAUUAAUUAUAUAGUUAGAUGUGGGAAAUUCACACCUGUCUUUCAAAAUAUAAGCAAAAUUAGCAGAGUUGGGGAAAUACAUUCUAAUUUACUGACGUCUAAGGCUUUUUUUGUUAGAGCAUUUAUGUUUGCAAAUUAGUUGUUAAUCUACCACAAUCCACCAUUUGGCGGAAUAUACCAAUUUGUAUUAUUUUAUGUAAACGGUUUUUCAUUUUCAGUCAACAUCAAAUGAGUAUCCGUAAGCAAACAAAACACACUUGCUGUAUAUUAAACGUACACCAAAAACUUUUUGAGUUAAAUAACCUUCUCCUUCAUUGAGUGACUGCCCUUAUAAUGUGUCGACAACAACAUAAAUGUAGUGUAAAUACAAGCAGAAUCCACACCGCAACUUGCUAUUUUUAGUGACAUUCACCUCUCAGAAUUAAAGGAACACUAUAAGGUCAGGAACACACGUGUAUUCCUGCCCCAUAGUGUUAAAUCCAACAUUUAGGUGGCCGGCCCAUGGGUAAAACAUUGGAUUGGCUGAGAUCAUCAAGGAGGCUGGGUGGGGCAUGGCCAAACACCAGCUUGGCCAAUCAGCAUCCAGUUUGGCCUAUCAGCAUCUCCUGCAUGGAGACGCUGAACAUUUCCUAUAUAGAUGCAUUGAAUCAAUGCAUCUCUGUGGGGAAAUUUCAGCAGGGAGACGCUGAAUGUCAGUGCUGCACAGCAGGCUCGGACUGGCCAUAGGGCACACCGGGCAAAUUCCCGGUGGACCGCGGUGGCCGUGGGGUCGAGGCCGGUGGGGAGGUCCCAGGAUCUCUCCUGCUGGUCUUUGCAGGGCCGGCAGUAUCUGAACGCCAGCCCUGCAGUAGUCUACAGCGGGCCGGUUCGGAGAUCAGAGAUCUCCCUCACCGGCCCACAUGCAGGAUAGUGCGGCCGCCGGCGGGGAGACAGGGAGGGAGCCAGGCUGCCAGCAGAGGAACCCGGCGGAGCUUUAACUUACAGCUCCGCCGGGUUCCUCUCGCGAGAUUCGGAGCGUUGCCAUGGCAACGCUCCGGGUCUCGCGAGAGUGAACUCUAGCCUUAUAGGCGAGAGUUCACUCACCACUAAGACCACCAGCGAUGGAUGGCAGCCCCAGCAGCAGGAUCCCCCCUCCCAGGCUAAAGGUAAGCAGGGAGGGGGGAUAUAAUCACUCAGGGCACAGCAGCCUCACAGACACCCCUAACACUCACUGACACACACUGCACCCCUGACACUCACAGCACCCUCACUCCCACACUAACACACACUGCACCCCUGACACUCACAGCACCCUCACUCACACACUCACAUAAACUGCACCCCUGACACUCACAGCACCCUCACUCCCACACUAACACACACUGCACCCCUGACACUCACAGCACACACACACACACACACACACACACAGCACCCUCACUCACACACACACACUGCACCCCUGACACUCACAGCACACACACACUGCACCCCUAACACUUACAGCACACACACACUGCACCCCUGACACGCACAGCACACACUCACUGCACCCCUGACACGCACAGCACCCUCACUCACACACUCCCAUAAACUGCACCCCUGACACUCACAGCACCCUCACUCACACACUCCCAUAAACUGCACCCCUGACACUCACAGCACACACACACACACACACACAGCACCCUCACUCACACACACACACUGCACCCCUAACACACACACACACUGCACCCCUGACGCACAGCACCCCUAACACGCACACACACACACACUGCACCCCUGACACGCACAGCACACACUCACUGCACCCCUGACACGCACAGCACACACACACUGCACCCUUAACACUUAGAGCCCCCACACACACACUGCACCCCUGACACACACAGCUUCCUCACAUGCACAUAGCACCCUCACACAAGCACAGCACCCAAUCACACACAGCACACACACAGCACCCUUACCCACAUAGCACCCUCACGCAAACACAGCACCCAUCAUUCACACACUACACACCUCACACACACUACACCCCUUACACACACACACAGCACCCUCACACUGCACAAUAUGCUUUCCUAGCAUUUUUGUCUCCUGGUAUCCCAACUAUGGAGACACCAGAGACAGAUAUCAAGCAAACACAGUGCAAGCAUGUUAUUGAAUUUGCUUGCGCUGUGCAGAACAAAUACAGGGUCUUUUUCUCAUGCCAGAGCUCUUCAGCAGAGCUUUGCGCAUGGUCUGCCCUGGAAGAGCAUUGAACCAACAUGCUCACUUUGUGAUGGGGCAUGCUUGUCAUUGGUGAUGACAAAACACACCCUAUCUGGCCCCGCCCCCUUUGUAGUGGGGCGCUGUAAUUAAAAAAUGCCCGGGCCGAAUUUUCUUUCCAGUCCGGCCCUGCUGCACAGUGUUCAACACUGAGCCAGGAAGCACCUCUAGUAGCCAUCUGGCCACUGGGGGUGUCCCUAGGGUGUAAUGCAAACACUGCCUUUUCUCUGAAAAGACCAUGUUUACAGCAAAAAGGCUGCAUGGUCUGACUAUACUCACCAGAACAACUACAUUAAGCUGUAGUUAUCCUAGUUAUUAUGAUGUGCUUUUAAAUUUGAUCUUCAUACAAACAUUUAAGGAGCAGGCUAUCUGGUUAUGCAUAGACUUGCAUAAUAUUGACCACAUACUGUAAAGAUGAAUCUGCAUUUCGCUUACACACUUUAAUUGAGAGGGCAAAUCAGGUGGAAUGUAUAGUCGUUAUACACUUAAGCUGACAGAACACAUCAGAAAGAAUGUUCAGAUACCUAUACACUUGCAUUGUCAAACACAGCAUUCAGCCAGGACAUUUAUACAAGUCUUAGUCUCUUAUAUUGAGACAGUGCAUCAUUUUAUCAGCAUGGGUGCUCAUAUGGCUAUAGACUAACACUGAGAAAACAUCAAAACCUUGGACCAAGAUUGCUAAUUCUCUUUAACACAUGAAUUUAAGGUGCAGGUUGUGGAUUUUAGAAAAUGCAACAUUUGUGUAAGAUGCAUAUUGAUUUGCCCAUAGAGCUGCUAUGCAUUUAGAAUCCACAGUACUUAACCAGGGCAAAUGUACACUUUCCCAUAGACUGGCGUUACUGUGUAUUCACCUGUUUUUGACUUUUUCUGCGUUUGACUAAACAAAUAGAAAACAAAGGCUAGAAUGCUUGCCGAGCAUUUGUUUAAAUAUUCGUUAAGGCAAACGCGUGUAUGUGCAAUGGGACCAAACGGUCGCCCAUCUGUAAGUUUUUACUAAAAUAGUUUAGAUGCAUUCUCUACGCUAAGAUGUUUUCCCUUUUUAUCCAACAAAAUAACUAUUUUUUGUUUCCAUGGAAACCUAAGUAUUUCAUCAAUAGGAAUUUAAAUGUUUGCACUCAUUUUGCUUCACUUAUGCACAUGAAAGACUUUAGUAAUAUCCAAAGUGCUUUGCAGCGUGUACUGAGAAGUGCAUUAUAUUAAAUGAUCUGUGCAUUCACCUUGCUGUGUAUCUUAGAUAACGGGGCAGAGCUGAACAGCCGAGCAAUAAAGCGAUUUAGCGCGACUCUUUAUAAAAGAAAAAGCUCUAUAUCUUAUAUAUAUAUAUAUAUAUAUAUAUAUAUAUAUAGGUAUUUAUAUUCUAUAUAUAUAUAUAAUUAUUUUUUCGGCAGGAAUAUAGAUACCUUUUUAGAAAAUAGCAAGAUGAGACACACAAAAAUAUGAAAGAGUGAUGUAUUUGGCAGCUGUAACAAACUGUGCAUUUAAAUUUUUUUAUAUUCUAUGUAUUACAAAUAGUGGAAGCCAAAAUACAACAGGUUAUAGCAAAGUAUUAUCACAUCACUACCAUGUUUGAUGUCUGUAGAGGAAAAUGAUAGCUGCCCAUCAUUGACAAUCAAAGAGUAACGCAUCAUGAGUAACGCUUCCCAUUGUUAAAAUAUCUUUUAUAACUUUAAUACUUAAUGAGGGUCCCCAGCCUCUUUCAGGCCAGCCCUCAGUAAAAGUAUGUUAACGGGCUCCCAGAGACACCCAUUUAGCGACCAGAGGGAUGGCGCCAGUGGGCUCCUUGCACUAUAACCACUGCAAUGAGUUAAAGUAGUCGCAGUGCCUACAGUGUACUUUUCAGCUGCUAGGAUAUCCCUGGUUUAAUAAGACGCUAUAACGCAAUGGAUUGGAACCUAAGGACUCUUCACUGUUAUCACUAUAAUAAAUGUUAGUGGUUAUGGUGGAAAUGGUCCCCCCUAAAAUAAAGCAUAGCUGUUUUUUUGUUUAUUACAGUGCUCCAAGUCUGAUCACCAUUUAGGGAACAGUGACAAAACAUUCAGGUUUUUCAACUUUUUUUAUUUUUUUGUAUGUUUCUAACUACGUGUACAUGUCCUAUAAGGCACUUAGUGUAGAGUUGUUCUCCCAUGUUUAAGCAUAUAUUAUAUGCCAUUAUAUCUGUGAACAAAAAGCACAUGUUCACAAAGAUGUCAUGCACGCAAGCAUUGCUGUUCUGUACCAAAAAUCAGGAUAUUUUAUUUUGGUGUUUUGGGGAGUUUCUUCUCUCGAUAGUAGACUGUGCUGAGUUGGUGUUGGACUUUUCACACGUUGGUCAAAGUAUGUUUGUUCAAACUCUCUGUUUAGUAAAUAAAUCCUUUUUGUUUUUUUACGCUCAUUUGCCAUGUAAAAUAUUUUAAUACGCGAUUGUAAUCUUUGUUGAUGCAUAACUGUACCCCUCCUCUUUCUGUGUGUUUUUUUUUUUUUAGCUUAAGAAGCUCCUACUGGCUCCACCUAACACCCAGCUGAUUUACAAUGAAUGUGUAGGUCUCACUGCACAAAACCAUGUCAACCUUAAUCAGCGGAUCCGAACAAGCUCUACGGUUGUUAAGGUAUAAAUAUUAUGUCUGUGAGUGCAACAAGUCCGUUCCCCCUCCCCCCCCCAAAAAAGGAAUGUAAACAAAAACAAUAAAAAAAUCAAUAAAUCCUAAAACUUCACGGAAUGCAGUCUAGAAGCCUUAAACAAUCGUAUAAAUUAAAAUUCUUUUUGAAUUACGUUUCCCAGUAUACUCAGCCAGCCCAGGGGCUAGCUGUGCAUUAUGGGAAACACAUCUCACAAUUGUGUUCAGUGGCAAGGUUAGGCAUCACUGGAAUCUACUGUCUUUGCAUGGUACAGUUGCUUCAGGAAUGAUUUAUGACUGAACCUUUGACUUAAAGAGAAAUCCGUAAGCUGCUGUGUACAGUAAAUAAUGCUCCCUGUUUGGGGAUAAUACAAUAACAGUGCUGUGAUCCUUAUUUUUCCUGGUACAGCCGCACUCAUAAUACAGGUGGGGCGGUAAAAAUCCUGUUAUUUAAUUUUUUCCCCCCUGUAUUCAGGAGCUGAUUUAUUCCAGGAGACAGAUUUCUUAUCUCCCCUGCUAUCUAUCACAGAGCUUUCGGAAAACUCUUCAAACCUAUGUGCUGUGGCUGCUCAUUGAAAUGAAAGCUGGCAUCUGUCCCACUAACGAUUAGGGGCCUCUUCACUAAACGGUGAUUUGAGCACGACUGAUAAUUGCCAAAUGGAGAUUUUAUUCUGUAGCUCCUGUAUUUGAAUCUAUGCGGUAACCACACCUCCCUGUUUUGGAAUAACAUCUUUGCUGAUGUUAUGAAAUACAUUAUAUUUAGCUGUCAUCACAAAGAUUUAAAACAAAUAAAGAAAAAAAAAAUUUUUUUUUUUUUUUUUUUUUACAGUUUUCAUUUAAUAAUGUUUAAAAAGCAAGGAAUGGCAUCGAUGCUGCAGCCUAUUGCAGCUUUCUUUACUUACAGGCAGGAUCUGUUUCUGAAUAUCAAAGCAUGUGCUUUUAGAAUAAAGCAUUUGAACUGAUAGUCCAAUCUGAUGAGUGUGAUUGAUGAGCGUUGCAGUCUAUAGCAGCUGAUAAACCUGAAAUUGCAAGUCUGACUGGUUAUUUUGCCUUGAAACAACAAAGAAACAUGGUAGAGACAAGAUAGUUAUUACAGGUUGAGAGUAAAAUUGAAGCCGUAGAGAAAUUGAAUGAGACUUUGCAUACGUAAGUUGCAUCUGGAAAUAUUAAAAGUCAUUUUCUUUGCUUGUUCUGCAAACAAUUAUUCACAGAUCAUUGACGUAGUACUUGUUAUGUGAACACUUUUCAAAUUUAAUAUAAAGGGAUUGUUUUAUAUAUAUAUAUAAAACAAAAGGCUCUAUUCACUAUUGUUUAUUCUUUAUAUUUAUCAUUUUUCGUCUUUUCACAUCCCUUUCAUUUAUCAUUUUCUUCUUCUUUUUUUAUUUUUUUUUAAGACCGAGAACUUAUGGAGCACUAAGCCGAAGAACAUUUGUCAACCGCAAAAGCCACAGAGGCGCCCCUGCUCGGAGCUUCUUAAGUACCUGACUGCAAAUGACGACCCUCCUCAGACCAAAUCAAUAGAGAGCAGGAGUAACAACAGGCUUGACAAAUGCAGCACCAAAAAGAAGCCCUAUCUCCAUUCCCAACCACAUUUUCAUGGUAAUUUGGGGACUUGUGGGUACAGAUCAUCUGGUAUUAAUUCAGUGCAUGUUCUGCUUAUUUAUAGACUGUACUUCACUCUGAUCACAUUCCUAAGGAGGAUUAUGACUGAAUUUAUUUCUGCCUUUUAUUGUUGCUGUUUUUGUUUUUCUGUAAUGUUAUAAAAUGUGCUUUCCUGAAGACGCAAAACACUGCAGAUCAUAUAGAGGGACUGAUGGACAGGCAGAAAGGUGUACUGGUAAUUGGACUAAUGAAGUGGGCGAUAGGUAGAUGGACAAACAGGCAAGCAUGAACAUGCGCACACUCACUCACACACAAACACAUACACAAACACACACACACUGCAAAACAAAGGCAAGAAUCAUAUAAAAAAUUUAAUCUCAAAAUAAAAAAAACUCCUCACAGUAAAAUAUUAUUUUUAUCAUAUAUAAAUGGCUAAAUAGUUUUCAACGCAUAAGGGAAUAAACAAAAAGCCUUUUUUCGCUCCUCAUUUAUAAAUUUUGCAGUUAGUUAGUUAAAUGUUAUAAAGAAGAACAUAUUUUCAGGUGGAAUAUUCAUUAUUUUAAUAACAAACAAUAAAAAUCCCACCGGACUGCAUUUUGAUUUGGAAUCAACAAGGACCCUCCGCAUACUGGCUCUCAUGGCCCAAACCAGCACUAGUAGAAAGCAAAGCAAUAUCAGUAAACUACAAUGCAUACAGCAUCAUAUGAAUCUUUAUCCUGAGGCUAAUGUCAGGGAACUCAACCAAAAAGCAGAAUAAAAGACAUAAAAGAUUUGCAUCAAAUAAUAUAUUUCUUAUUGCAAUGCUGAGAUAACAAAAAUGCCAUAAAAAAAGUGGGGAGGGGGCAGGUUGAUGGACGACAACGUAAUUUUGCCAUUACUAUUUUUUUGCAAGAAAAAAAGCUCUGUAUCCCCUAGUUAAAUUGGUGACAACUAGACAGCCCUGGUAAAUGCUGUUUGUUUUGUGGUUUUGCAUGUGAGUGUGGAUAACAGCUGGUUGGGGUGAUGUAUUUUAAAAACCUCUGGCACUCAAUAGGUUAAGACCCAGCACUGAGCUUAACCCAUAUAGGGCAGCCUAGGCGGCCUGCAGAGGGACAUUCCUUAGCCAGUUAUGUAAGGAAGAAUAAUGCUUCCGUUAAUACAGAUGUACAGACAUGCUGUCAAUGCUGGUUAUGUUACCACCUUAUCAGCGUUUUUCCAUCAUGCGUGCACAGGAAAAAUUGUAUGAUGAUAAAACACUUUGUUAGGAGGUGUAUGUACUCAUGGUAUAUAUAUAUAUAUAUAUAUAUAUAUAUAUAUAUAUAUAUAUAUAUAUAUAUAUAUAUAUUUAAAUAAUUUACAGAACGUCCAUGCAGGACUAUAUUCUAUAAAUAAUGCUUAAUGAUAAUCUGGAGGGAGGCAAGACAAGUAAUAGGCUCCAACAAUGAAUGAGUAUGUUCUGUGCAGACUGAUCUUUUCCCAUAAACGUCUGUCCAGUAUCCUGCAGUAGCUCCAUUCAUCAGCUCUGAGGUUCACAGUUUGGUGAAUGGGACUUUGAAAGUUAUAUUACUGUGUUAAACAUUUUGGUGUAUUCUUUAACGGAAUGGGAAUGCAGAGAAAUUAUAGUUGAAACUGGUGUGAUGCCUUAAGAUAAAAGUAGUAAAUACAAAUGCAAAAUAGAAAGACACUGAAGAAUGCUUUAGUUGUGCAUAAGACUAUCCCGAAGAGGACCUUAACACAAUCGAUACAAACUGUCGCAAUGGGCACACUAGAUGGAAUAUGGUUAUUAUCUAAUGACCAAGUCCACUGUAUGUUUCAGUUGGGUACAAUCUAAAAAAAACACCUAUCUCAAGAACGUCUCCACCGUGAUCGUGAAUAACGGAGGCAAAUCUUUUCCACCAUUACUCAAGGCUGCUGUACAGUCACUAGCAUCUGUUUUAGUCUGGUUAUUAAAUUAAUGUAAAACCUUGUAUUAAUGUUAUGAAGUUAACACGCAAUAUUUUUUACCUUUUUUUUUAUUUACAGCCAGGACAACAACCCUGUCGCUCCCUCUGACGCCCGAGUCACCAAAGUAAGUAUUAAAUCCCGACAAUCUUUAUGUACAAGGGAUGGGUAUCUUCUGGUCUUGGCUACAAUAGGUCCAUUUCAGCUUGUUUUUAUGAAUAUGCGCUGUCUUCCAGUGAUCCCAAGGGUUCCCCAUUUGAGAGCAAGACUAUUGAACGAACCUUAAGUGUGGAGCUCUCUGGAACUGCAGGUGAGGACAGUUACAUAACAAACAUAGAAUUCCGGUUCAACUGAAUGUUUAAGAAUCAUUGCACUUAAUUAAUAAUGAUUGAAAACUUGUUUAGUGCUUGCUUACGAAACCUUCGCCACUGGGUUACGUUCUACAAAUGUGAGCCAUCUACUCUUACACAGAAACAUAGAAUGUGACGGCAGAUAAGAACCAUUCGGCCCAUCUAGUCUGCCUAAUUUUCUAAAUACUCUAAUUAAUCCCUGGCCUUAUUUUAUAGCUAAGAUAGCCUUAUACCUACCCCAUGCAUGCUUAAACUGUGUCACUGUGUUAACCUCUACCACUUAAACUGGAAGGCUAUUCCAUGCAUCCACUACCCUCUCAGUAAAGUAAUACUUCCUGAUAUUAUUUUUAAACUUUUGUCCCUCUCAUUUAAGACUAUGUCCUCUUGUUGUGGUAGUAUUUCUUCUUUUAAAUAUAGUCUCCUCCUUUACUGUGUUGAUUCCCUUUAUUUAUUUUACCCCUUAAGGACGGUGGGCUAUGCAGUCCUUGGGGACCCGGCUCUAAACAGCAGGGGACUUACCUGCUUGCUGGCGAUUGUAAUGGGGGGACUUACCUGGCAUCCCAGGGAGCUGCCCUGCUGCUGAUCCGACUCUCCUGGGCCAUGUGAUCGCGAGGUCCUUUCGAGGACCUCACGAUUACAUGGACAGAAUAGCCGCCCAUAGCAGUGCCAGCAGAGGGAGUGCCAGGAAUGACAGCUAGUCCCCCUGCUGCGUGAAAUAAAGUUCAAUAAAGUUUUAAAACAGUUUAAAAUUAAAUAAUAUAUACUUAGAUCAUAUAUAUAUUAUAUAAAUGAUCUAUGUAUAUUAUAUAUAUGAUCUAAGUAUACAUAUACACUUACACAUACAUACACAUACACUGUCUAAGUGUAUUUUAAUAUUAAUAUCAGAGUACAUGUAGAAUGACAUUAAUUAAAUAUAUAUAUAUAUAUAUAUAAUAAAUAUAUAAAUACGUUAAAAAUGAAAAAUUAAAAAAUAAAUAAUUUAAAAAUAUAUAUGUGUAAUUUUGUUCUAACUGUAUUUUUGAUAUUAUUAUAUAUAUAUAUUGAUAUCAAAAUACAAUUAGAACGAAAUUAUAUAUAUAUAAAUAUAUAUAUGUAUAUAUCACUAUAUAUAUUUCUAUAUAUAUAUUAAUUCUACAUAUAUAUUUAUGUAAUAUUUUUACAUAAUUAAGUCAUUUUAUUAAUUACAAUUUGCGGUCCUGCCUGAUAACCCAGGCAAAAAGUCCAGAGAAUUUAAUUCACAAGCACUAUAUUUAACCCUGUAACUUUCCAAGACAGCAUAAAACCUGGACAUGAGGGGUUACUGUUUUACUUGGGAGACUUCGCUGAACACAAAUAUUAGUGUUUCAAAACAGUAAAAUGUAUUACAACGAUGAUAUCAUCAGUGAAAGUGACUUUUUUUUGCAUUUUUAACACACAAAUUACACUUACACUGACAAUAUAAUUGUUGUGAUGCAUUUUACCCCUCAUGUACCCCUCAUGUACAGGUUUUAUGGUGUUUUCAAAAGUUACAGAGUCAAAUAUAAGGCUUGUGUUUCAGUUUUUUCAAAUUGAAAUUCUCAAUUUGGUUACGUUGCCUUUAGGACCGUAUGGUAGCCGAGGAAUGAGAAUUACCCCCAUGAUGGCAUACCAGUUGCAAAAGUAGAAAACCCAGGGUAUCAGUCCUUAAGGGGUUAAAUGUUUCUAUUAUAUCCCCCCUGUCGCGUCUUUACCUCCAAGCUAUACAUGUUGAGUUCCUUUAACCUUUCCUUGUGUAAGUUUUAUCCUGCAAGCCUUGAACCAGUUUAGUAGCCCUUCUCGGAUCUCUCUCUAAAGUAUCAAUGUCUGAUUCCCUUUAACCCCUUAAGGACCAAACUUCUGGAAUGUCAUGUGUCCUUAAGGGGUUAAGAACGUAAAAUAUUUAUGUAAAUACUCUAUGUUUAAUAUAGAACAGAAGGCAGUGACAAGGUUUAUAUUUCUCUUUUUUUCUCUGUGUGAAGUCACAAACCAUUUAUUUUAAUAUUUGUUAUUCUGCUGUAGGUUGGGUUUCAUAUUGAUCACUUUUGUCCCAGUUUUAGAUUUUGCAAACGCAAUAUAUUCUAUGCAGUAUAUUUGAUCAGAAUCCUCUUCGUGAAAAGUGGGCAUUAUUAAAUCUCCACUGUUCUACAGAGCAGCCAAAAUCAGUAACAUACAAUUAUUAAAUUGUAGCAAUGUCUCGAAUUAAUGUUGAUGUAUGAAUGUGCCUUAACUGUAACAUUUUUAGAAAUGACCAACUGGAAGAGUUUAGCAAGGCCAAUUAACCCCUUCAGUACCAGUUGGUUCUGACUUGCAAUAUGCUGAAUUUCAUCUAUUUUCCUUAUGUGGCGCAGACAAACACUACACAAUGCCGCUCUGUUUAGAGCAAUAGGCGAUACAUUAGGAUCUGUUUCUCUUAUUGAACAGCACUGGAAUAGCUGGGUGUAUUGUUAAUGCUGCUUUAAUACUGCACUGAGCAAGCUUUGCCUUUGUUUCAAUAACUGCUACCUAAAUGACUUGGUAAUAUAACAUGCCCUAAUGUGACACAUUGCACCUCCAAUGAUUGAUUGGAACAAGCGCGAUACAAGGUUAUCGCACGGCUAAUCUUUAUACCCAUUUUCCUUUACUGUAUCUCAGUGCUGUCCAAUUUGAUUAGCCAUGGCCACAACUCAGGCUGAGUUUUAGAACUUUCCUUUAUUCAAAUAUGAAUUAUGAGCACUUUUUUUGUUUAAUGGAAAAUCAGCAACUGCUUUUUUUUCCCAAACGGUCCAUUCUCUAAAUGAAUAAAACAAACAAACAAAAAAAAACGACAGCAAGAUAAAUAGAAAUGAUGUGUAUUCACUUUAAUAUUUGCAAAAUGCCAACAUAUUCCCUCGUUAAUUCUCCGCAAUAUCCAGUUUAUUGCAUUAACAACUUUGUAUUGUCUGAAAGACCACAAUGAAGAUGUAGAUGUCAUUUUUAGGGGCGUACAACGCAGAUCAAAAACCACUGCUAACCCAAAAAAAUUAUGCUUGUUUUCUAAACAAUAUGAGAACAAAUGAGCUUGCUUUGUUUGCGGCGACUGAUCCGGCUAUAAAUACUUUUAGCAAGAUUUCUUAUUAUACACAUUUUUUCUGCAGUGUUAAGAGUUCUUCUCUUGAAAGCCAUGCUAUCAGCAUUCCCCGUCUACUGACCUUAGCUGUGUCUGAGUUCACAGUUUCAGCUCUUCUGCAUUCUUUCAGUGAACUUUGAAGACAUGAUGGCUGUUAGGUUUGCUGAACUAGUGUAACAGGCGUCUCCAAGAUACUGCUAUAGGCUCAGAAGUCAGAUUGAGAUUUUUUUUUUUUUGUUCUUUGUUAUUUUUUAGGUUUACUUUGGUGAGCACUCUUUAACCUCCACUCUCAGUGGGUUAGUGUUUUAACUCUCCCAGUACCAUAGCAGUGAUGUUUUGUUUAAAGGACCACUAUAGUGCCAGGAAAACAUACUCGUUUUUCUGGCACUAUAGUGCCCUGAGGGUGCCCCCACCCUCAGGGUCCCCCUCCCGCCCGGCUCUGGAAAGGGGAAAGGGGUUUAAACUUACCUUUUUCCAGCGCUGGGCGGGGAGCUCUCUGCCCCCUCUCCUCCUCCGAUCCGCCCCAUCGGCUGAAUGCGCACGCGUGGCAAGAGCUGCGCGCGCAUUCAGCCGGUCACAUAGGAAAGCAUUUACAAUGCUUUCCUAUGGACGCUGGUGUGCUCUCACUGUGAAAAUCACAGUGAGAAUCACGCAAGCGCCUCUAGUGGCUGUCAAUGAGACAGCCACUAGAGGGAAUGGGGGAAGGCUUAACCCAUUCAUAAACAUAGCAGUUUCUCUGAAACUGCUAUGUUUAUAAAAAAAAUGGGUUAACCCUAGCUGGACCUGGCACCCAGACCACUUCAUUAAGCUGAAGUGGUCUGGGUGCCUAGAGUGGUCCUUUAAUGCUUUUGCAUUGAAAAAACCCCACUAAAAACUGUCCACAUACUACUCAUUGCAUGUGUAAAGUAUUUCAAUUGGACACAUAUUUUACAUAACAAUUACAAUGUAUCCCACAAUGCUGUACAAUAAGUUGGUGAAUGACAUAAAUAUUUGAGAUAAAAUUUGCUUGGUGUGCAGUAACAAGAGGAAACUGUAUCUGCCCAAAAAAGAGUAAGGUUAAUGAGAACCUUACGCUAACCCGCUUACAGUACAAAGUUCAGCUUUGACAGGUGAUCAUAGGUUUAUUUUUAUUUUUAGAUUAGUAUUUAUUAAAUACCUAGCCAUAAAUCACUUCCAUUUAAGAUCUCCAAAAACCCCAAAAAACUAAAAACUAAAACUUAGCUCAACAUUUUUAAAUUAAGAACGUUGCCAAACAUAUACUAACAUGCAGAACAUUUUCUUUUUUUAUGAUAAAUCAGAGAACUAGCUAACCCAAAUUCUCAUCCACCAAUCCACAAUAUGAUGACUCUUGUCCCCCCAUGUAGUCUUUUUUCCUGUUAGUUAUUUCUGUCUAUGUUGUUCUAUUGCUCUAAAGUCCAUUUUGUUACGGUUUGGUCUGUAUUUCACUCUUGUGAUUCGCUGUCUGGUGUGCUACUGUCUUUUUUUUUUUUUUUUAACUUGAUCAUGGUCUCCUGUAUUGUUUUAUGCACGCCUUGUUUGAAGUUCAGUUUCCUGUUUAUGUAUCUUUGUUUACCCUUCUUGGUGAAUUGGAUCAGCACACUAAGAGGUCAGGCCACAGCCAUACUGCUUUCUAUGUGUCCAGGAGCCAUGAAUGUGACUCUGAACGCAUAAAUCUAGAUGGAGUAUAGGAAGAAUUAGUCAGCUCUGUGUUAGGAUGUGAUACCAACACAAUAAUCUAUUCAGCACUCCAUCAAAUACCAGUCUAGUUCCUAAGCACUACAUUUUUCAAGUAUGAAAAGGAGGUUAUAGGCUGUACUGUCCCUUUAAGAAACGAGUACGUAAUGAUUCUUUAUAGGUUUCAGCGAAAGAGAAUAAGACAUGAAGCUUGAGAAACAGUAAGGAAGCAUUGUUAGUGUUCUAGAAUACCCUGAAGGCCCCUAUGUGAGCAAGAGGGAUUAUUACGUUAAAUAGAUUCUUUGCAAAUUAUAUAGUUUCUCCUUUUAAUUUAAAGAAGUUGGUAGGUUUUGCGUCUAAGUUACCUGCAGUUGUCACAAACAAACUAAAGCAAAGAAUACUUAGAAGAGAUGAACAAUCUCUUUUUUAAAAAGAAUACAGAGCCAUAAGUGAUAACAGUGUGGCAUACAAUGAGUAGCACUUUCAUUCCCAUAGUAAUUCCUUGUAGUGCAUUAAUGUUUAAUGAUGGUGUAGUAUAUAACUCAACGUUCAGUGUUAAGGUUGUCUAAAGCCAAACAAAAAUGCAGCCAAUGUACCCAACACCACCAGCAAUACUUGUAAAUAAUAAUAAUGUAAAUGUUUAAAUCAGCACUCACUGUCCCAAAUAGUAGUUUUCUUGUCGCAUCAUUCAGGAAAAAUUCACAUACGGCUCUCAAAAUGGAAAUGACACCACAGUUGUUAAAAAAGAUCAUCUUCUUAAUUAACACCUAAUACAGAAAAAAAAUUCACAAACAAACAGUGGCAGACAGUAAAAAUAAAAAAAGCAUAGUCUCUCAAGCGAGGGGCUGGGGGUGUAUGCAGGACAGGCACAUGCCCAUAAGACAUGUAGUGGUUAAUAGUGUAGUGUAGGGGUUAAUGUUUAGUGAUCAUGUUAGAGUAGUGGAGAGGAGUUUAAGCGAUGGUUUAAUGCAUCUUUUUGGUUGAAAAAAUUUCCUUACCGCCCACCAGUUUUCGCGCAAGUGCAGAAUAUUUUUUAGAAAGGAGGGUGUUUUAAAAAAAAUAAAUGUACGUACAUUUAUCUUUUUAUUUCUACUUAAUGCAUGUUUAUAAUGUUUUUAACUUUAUAAAGUUUAAUGAGAAAAAAUAAAGUAAAUUAAAAUUACCUUUACUAGUGAUUAAUGAGAUCCAUGAGGUUGAUGCUGCAAGACUAAAUAUUUUAUAUCUGGUUCGAUUUUCGUAAGGAACAAACGAAGGUCUCCUCUUUCGGUGAUAUUCAGACGACUUCUCUGUUUGUGCAUAAUAUGAUUUCUCAUCUGUGCAUCAGCUCCUCUCCUCUCCCUCCUCAAUUCCCCUUCCCACCUUUUUUCCCCUUUUUAUUUUUAUUUUUUAACCUUCCUUAUAGCAAUGCCCAGUAGGAAGGCUGAGCUUGGUAUCCCACUUACUAUUACUUACUAUAGCACACUAUAACAGACAGGCACACAUUCAUACAUACAGACACACACACAAGACACACAUACACACAUACAGACACACACACACACACAUGACACACAUACAGACAGAAAGACAGGCACACACAUACAUACAGACACACAGACAGGCACACAUACAGACACACACACAUACAUACAGACAGGCACACAUACAUACAGACACACACACACACAGACAUGCAUACAGACAAACACAUACAAAGACACACACAUAAGACAUACAUACAAAGACACAUACACACAUACAGACAGACACAAGACACACAUAUAUACAGACACACACACACAUACACACAUAUAUACAGACACACACACACAAGACUCAUACAAAGACACACACAUACAGACACAUACAUAGAGACAGACAGACACACACAAGACAUACAUACAAAGAUACAUACACAAACAAACACACACAAAAUAUUUUAGUCACCCUCCUGUUUCCUACCUUUUAGGUGCAGGAGGGUGACUUUCCCUGGGGUCCAGUGAUGGCUCAGGUGGAUGGGAGUCAGAGUUCCCACUCUGAUUCCCUCCUCCUUCCUCCCGCGUGGUCUGUGUGUUAGCUGGGAGGAGUGACGUGCAGUCACUUCCUCCCAGUGUGUGAUGUAAUCACAGGGGGUCCGGUCGCGCUGUUAAAGCGCCCAGUGCUGACCGGGCCCCUUACAAUCCACAUCCAUCGGGUGGCCCUGACAGCAUGGUCCACCCGAUGGACUCCUCCAUAUGCGGCCCCGGCAGUUUGUCGCAAGUGGUGAUGGCGGUACCCGGUCGCAGGCUCGCGCCCGCCUGCCUGCCCAAUCUGUCAAUCUUGAAACACCCACUAGUGGGCGGUAGGGACCAGGUUGACGACCCAUGGUUUAAUGUGUAGAUGUUUAGGGUAGUGUAUGAGUUAAGAAGUUUUUGUGAUAUAUUCACUCUUAAGACAGAUACAAUAGUAUCUUAUGCACUGGCAUUCUCUAACAUAGACAACAAUGUUUGGACAAACAUUCAGCUUUUUGCUCAAAGAAUAGUGGUGCUCAAUAAAAGUGUAUUUAUGUCUUGGUAGUGGUGAAUGUUGUUAUAUCUCCCUAGCAUAUUUGUCCUAAUACUACUUAUAGUAAAGCACCAGUGCCUUGAAGCUAUAAAAUGUACUUCCACUUCUGAAACAAACAAAAAAAUGGAAUGCAGCGUUUUGUGUGUAAGUGCAUUGCGAGGGCUGUUUGGGAGUUUAGCUCUGCAAUGAAUCAUUGCAUAGUGUAGCAGUUUUGUACACUGUGUGUCUAAGCCUGUAUGCUUGGCUGACACACUCGAGUAAUAGAAAAUACAGUGAUUUAUGUUGUUUUUCCUUACAUUUAUUUGUAUCAAGUUUUUAUAUAGAUAUUUUUAGCGGUAUGAUUCAUUUAACAAUGUCUGCUGUGUUUAGCCAGUCAAUAUUAUGUUUAUAUUACAGCCAGCUACAGGCAUUGUGUGACGCUGGUGGCCUGCUGGCUAAAUGUGACUUGAAUUUGCCUUUGCCUAGCUACAACGUCAAAAAUCCACAUAUUAUCUUUAAUCAUGGUUUUAAUCAUGUUCAGUCACCACUGGCCUGUGUUUAAUGAUGCAUAACAUUGCAAAGUUUUGAUGAGAUAAUUAGUGUUACUCUACUGCCUUUUGCCACUGAUUUAAAGUGAUUUCACCUUUUGCCGUUCUAGCUUGCUCUGUUUUACCUACUAUCUAUCUAUCUAUCUAUCUAUCUAUCUCAUAGAGAGAACGUGUGUGAUUUUUUUUUUUUUUUUUUUUUAGAAUGUAUUAGUCAGAAUUCAUUAUUAUACACAAUAUAGACCUCUAUGAUUCCAAACCUCAAUGGAGGUGGUUCUGUAAAUGUUGUCGGAUGUCUGACAUCAUAUACAUAUUUCUGUCGGAUGUCUGACAUCAUAGAAUGUGCAACUGAACAGAGAAAUUUGGUCUAUUUGCCUUGUCAAAAUUGUCCGCAUAGCAGAACUAAGCUAUUGAUGGUCUGUUUUAUCACUUCCAGGCCCUUCUACUACAUCAUUUCAAAAAGCAAUGACAGUGCCUCAUGUGUUGAUGAUCAUUGUCACAAUGGCUCUUAAAAGUUGUACAGUGUAACAAAGCUUUCACUGCUAGAUAUAGUUGGAUUACUUGUAAUGAAGCAUAGGCCCUUGAGCCCAUGUUGGGCCAGGAGCUCUGACUCUGGAUGUAGGAGGCCCUUCUUGAGCCAGUAGGGAGGUCUUCCUGCUUAGCCUAUGCCCCCUCAUCUGCAUUAAAGAGCGUUGUGGUCUGCACCAAUAUUUGAUGCCAACCAUUUUAAGAGCACUCUGCAUGACUCAGAGAGAUGCGGGCAGCUCCCGGAGUCAUUAAUUUAGUGCCAGUUCUUAAAGUGGUCUGCUUCUGUUAUUGGUGCAGACUACAAUGCUCUCCUACUGGACCACCAAAAAUCCAGCCCACCAGGGAAUGGAAAGCAGAAUGGGGGAAAUGUAAUCACGCACUACAUAUGCAACAUUCAGCCACACUGACAUCUCCUCACACAUAAUUGAUCCACCACAUACAACACACACAGACACACUCAAUGUCUUUCCCCCACAAGCAUAAGAUAUAUGCCUCCGUGACACAGACAACAAUUAGCCAAUACAAACACCCUCACACAUAGAACACUUAGCCACCACACACACACAACACUAACAGAGCUUAGUCUAGGGCUCUAUGAGGGGCCAAAAUCUGGCAUCUUGUCUAGGGCUCUGGGCAACCUAAAUCCAGCCCUGCUGCUAGGACAGUCCUGAUCAAAUUAGGACUCUUGGCAUCUAUGCAACUUAUAUGAGAAAGAAUGAAUGUACAGAGCACACUUAAGCAGACUGGCUGUUUUUCUUUUUUUUUAAUUUGUAACUAAAAUGUUGUUUUGACAUGGCAAAUCAGCUUCUGUUGCACGUUAUAAGAACAAUAAACUGAUGGAAUUUCAUUGCCAUUGUUCUGGUAAUAUCAUUCUUUUGUAUUAACUGCAGAUGUUGUAUUUGACAUUUCUGAACAUCAUCCACCUACAAAUAUUAUGCAUUGUUGUGUUUAUUGGCUGAAAUUACAGCCUUUUAUUUUGGUUCAGAAAACAAUGUUUACCAUGUUGCGCUUAGAGGAAAGUCAGCUCAAUAUGAUUCCUAUUUACACACCUGCCUAAAGCUAAAUGCACAUAAACUGAAGGGUUUUAUUUAAAUACAUCUCUAUGUAAAUGUCAACAACAGUGCCGUGUUUAUUUUUAUUAAUUGGCUUCUUUUCACCAAGUUUUGAAAAAAAUUUGGAGCAAUGUCGCAUGCAAUUAAACAUACUUCUGAUAUGUUAUCUUGUAGAUUAGAUUAGAUAAGCAAAUAUACAAUACACUACUGUGCCUUGCAUCGCCAUACUUUUUAAAUUCACAUUUUUUUGUCUACAUUGCAACAUUGCACAGGCCGUUCAUUCUACGUUUGAUUUAUUGUUGUGCGUAGUUUAUAUUCCUGUAUCAAAUUCCAUGUUAUUUAAAGAUAAAUGUAAUAGUGCUUUUGUCAGCAAUAAGUGAUAUGCAGUAAAUAAUGAGGUCCACCUCUGGUCGUUCGGAGAAACUGGACCAGAUUCCAAGCUUCAUAUGGUAGAAAUGUUUACUUAAUUCUGAUAAUGCGAGUUUGAAACGUUCUUCGAACUUUGGAGGGCCUCUCUGAAAGGAAUGUCAACAUGUAAUGUUUGGAGAAAACAUGGGAAACAAAUCUUACAGGAUAUUUGGCAUAGUUUAAAGGGACACUCUAAAAGACAUAGCCACUGUAGCUUGUUGUGAUGAUUAUUGUGUUGUAAUUUAAGGGUGCUUGAUUUUUGUCAGCAAACAGCUUUAUAACCGUUUGACAUAAACUAGGGCCAACAUUCUACCCUUACUUCAACCAUUCUGAUAAAGCAAAAACUACACUUCUGCAUCACCAAGUGUGGCUAUGCCCAACAUGGACGACAUUGAUCGGCCUAGAGGGUUGGGUGUUCUUCCCUCACCUAUUUCCUGGUCCCUCCUGUGCAAUUCUCCUAAUGCUAACGUGAAGUUCCACAUGAGCUUGUCCAAUGUUUAGGGGCAAGAACAGGCUAACCUGCCCAGUUUUUUUAGGCUAUCAUUCUUGCUGAAGGGUGAAUGCUUAAUGGGGCAGUUAACUAUUGCACUUGGUAAUUUACAACAGGGGUGGGGGUGGGGGGAAACUUUAGGCGUAGGGGGAUCCAUGUUUUUUGGUCAAGUCUCUCAAAGACAGUUGAUAGCAGAUAGAAACAUAGAAUAUGACGGCAGAUAAGAACCAUUCGGCCCAUCUAGUCUGCCCAAUUUUCUAAAUACUUUCAUUAGUCCCUAGUCUUAUCUUAUAGUUAGGAUAGCCUUAUGCCUAUCCCACACAUGCUUAAACUCCUUUAGAUGGGUGGAUAUGUCAAGAAAUUAAACUAUGAUGUUUUGGUUAUAGUGCUUGUAGUGAAUAUCUUGUUUAUGAUAACCUAUUCUUCUGUAACUGCGUCUGUGCAUGUGGUGAGUGAUGCCAUUCCAAUAUUUUUAUAUUACACGAAAAUUAUUCUCCACUUUUGUUCCUGUGCAAAAUGUAUCUCAGUUGGAACAACUCCAGACUGCAUAAUAUAAGCAAAAGAUUCUGAGUGUACAAAAAGUUCCUAAGUGUGAAUGAUAUAGAUGCAGUUGUUUAUUAUAGAACACAUUUCAAUGCAGUAAUCAUAAAUACUGCUAAGGUUGUGCUCCAUUGAAAUAUGACCUACAUAGUGUUGAUUGUUUGUGUUAUGUGAUUCGUCUGACACCCAUUACAUUCUUGGUAAUGGUUGCUAUUUGUUGCUGUGCGCAGCAGGCUUCUUUGACAAAAGAAAAUAGACAGCAAUAAAAGCCAUAGUCGGAAUUUCAUUCUAAAAGGAGGCUCCAUGCCUAUAGUUUGUGCUAGAGUGAUAACAGUGUUUCUGCACAGCCUUUUGUCAGUUUGCUGCCUCUUAGAGCCACCUGUCCACCCAUAAAUCUCUCAGUACCAGGUUUUAACAAAUAAAAGUUUAAAAAUCUAUACUGUUUUUAAAGCAACGCUCCUACUAACACACACAAGUGGCAUCUACCUGGAGAUCUAAAAUAGACAUUCCAUUUCCAUUUUUUAAUAAAGAAAUAGGUUACUAUUUGAGUACAGGACAAAUGACUAGGGGAACCUAUUAAUAGUGCAGGUUAUGUUAAGCAAAGUAAAGGGAGAAGCAGUAAAUUCCCAAAAUCAAUUCACAGAAAACGUAGAAUUGCAAUGAGAAAUAUGUCAUUACUGAGUACUUACUGUUUCUUAAAGCCAUUCUUAAAUGCUUUUGAAUGCUUAAAGGCACACUAUAGUCACCAAAACAUAUUUAGCUUAAGGAAGCAGUUAUGCUCCUGCAGUCUCUCUGCUCAAUUAUCUGCCAUUUAGGAGGAGGUUAAAUCACGUUGUUUACGCAGCCAUUGUCACAGCUCCCUGCAAGUGACUUGCUCAGCCUUCCUAAACACUUCCUGUAAAGAGUCAUCUCAUGUGGAUACUUCCUUUAUUCUAAAUUCUGUUUAAUUUAGAAUUCCUUAUCUCCUGCUCUGUUAAUAGUUUGCUAGACCCUGCAGGACCCUCCUGUAUGUAAUGAAAGUUCAAUGCACAGAGCAGGAGAUUAAAAAAAAAAAAAAAAACUUUUAAAGGAAGUAACAACUGAUUGAAUAUGAAACCAAAUUUUCACGCAGGCUGUGUCAGUCACAGCCAGGGGAGGUGUGACUAUGCCUGCAUGGACAGAAACAAAAGUGAUUUAACUCCUAAAUGGCAGAGGAUUGAGCAGUGAAACUUCAGGGGCAUGAUUUAUAAACAAAAACUGCUUCAUUAAACUAAAGUUGUUUGGUAACUAUAGUGUCCCUAAUAUUUGCCCUCGAUUAUAAUUGCUCUUUAUAGGAAUCCAUUGGCCUCUGGUCAUGUGAUCACAAUUGCCACCUUAUGAUUUUAGCUACACUUCAGUUAGUUGAGGCCUAGUUAGUUGAGGUUCUGAAUAAUGUAUGGCAUCCCUUGUCACACACCUUAUGCGUGGUAAUCUUGUAUUUUAUUGUGAUGCACAGUAUCCCUUUAGAUUGUAAGCUUAGAUUGCAAGCUCUUGGACCACUUUCCAUACACUAUUGCUUCAAAUAGUGAAAUAGCACUAAAUCAAGGUCCCACAGAGAAGGUUGUUUGCUCCUUUGUAUUGGCGUCUAAUCAUGUAUGUCUCUCUCUAACCCUUCCUAUGAUUAUUUGCUAAAUUUAGGAAGUGUCUGGUUUAAAAGCACUAUAUGAGAACUGUUAAAUAAACCUUUAGACAUUUAUGGAUAAAAUCAACCAUAUAAAUUUACAGACCGUAGCCUUAUUGAUAUUUGGGUUUUCUAGUGGACUGAAAACAAUCACUCUAAACUGAGCGUAUUUUGGAAACUUUGCCAAUAAUUAAUGAGUUAUUACAUAAAAAUCAAAUAAUAAAUUACAAAAGUGCUAAAUAUCCAAAUAUGUUUAUAUAUAUAUAUAUAUAUAUAUAUAUAUAUAUAUAUAUAUAUAUAUAUAUAUAUAUAUAUAUAUAUAUAUAUAUAUAUAUAUAUAUAUAUAGAUAUAUAUAUAUAUAUAUAUAUAAAAUUUUAUUCUGAAACAGUAGCGCUCAUCAAUAAUUAAAAUAAACCACACUUGAAAAAGAAAUAUAAAAAAAUGUAAAACUCUAAAAAUGAAUGUCUCAAAAACUGUCUUGUCUAUAUGUUUUAUAAAUAAUAUGGAAACAUAGUGCACAAUGUAAAUACUGAGGUUUAAAUGAUUUUCAGAAAAUUCAUAAAUAGUUCUUUUAAAACCAAUAGCCUGGUGAGCUUGUAAACAUAAUUACUUAAUAGUACUAAUUAGAAUUGUUUUUAUUUAGCACAAAGUGCACAGAAAGUAAUUGAAAAUAUUAUGUAUCUCCCCUAGAGCUAAUGAUGAUUAUUAGUUUUCUGUUUGCAUUUUAGGUAAGCCAAGAAUACAAGUUUUUACAAAAUUCAAUUUUUUCUUCUUCUGCCUUCCCUACCUAGUCGUGUGCUGUAGUUUAGAUGUACAUUUUUAAUAUCUUGAAGGCCCGAGGCAAGUACAAUGCUAUCCCCUCUGAAUCCUACAGCUUAAUGUGGGAACAGAAGAUCAAUUAAAACGUAAAUCUAUAAUGGAAAUGUUAUGUUUCUGCAAUAAUUAAAUACGCUGGGAGUUGUGAACUGCGUGAAACCUUUUAAGUUCGCUGAGAGCUGAGCAGUGUUUGGGCCACUAUUCAGGUAUAAGAGUUACCGUCUCUUUAAUUCCUUGCAGAAUACUAUUAAUGGUAUAUUUACAUUAAUUGGAUCCCUCCACCACUUGCAACCAUGUAACACAGGUUAUUUUUUUGAUCGUACAAAAUUAAGCCCUGCGCUCAAACUGCCACUACUCUUGGGCGGCAGCAAUGACUAUAGAACACAUCAGUCUUAAUAUAUACAAUAAAAAAAAACAAAGAAAAACAGUUACAUGCGCAUUAUCCCAAAUUCCUAUGUAUAUUUAAAUAACUGGAGAUUUUUUUUAGUAUCAAUCCAAUAAAUAUAAAAAAAACUCCAGUUAUUUAAAUGUGCGUAGGGAUUUGGGAUAGUGCACAAGUAAAACGUUAUUUAAUUACUUAACUCCUUACGAACCAGUGAUAAUCAUGCCAUCAUAACAAUCUGUUGUAAAAUGUUUUUUUUGUUCCAAAACAGGAUUAUCAACACAACUAAAGACUUCAAAUCUUUAUGGCAGUAAAUAUGCCUAUCCAUAAAUAUAUAAGUAUUUCUUUUGGACCAGAUUGUGAUGAUGGCAAAGUGUAGUGUCUGGUCCUUAUCAGUUGUUACUUAGUUGUUUUGCCACACUAAGUCUAGCCAGACUCACACACCCCACACCACCACUGUAUACGUUUACAUUUAUACAUAAAGGAGCCAGGUAAGUUUCAAAUAUUUACUAAAUGGUUUGAGAUGGCACCAGGGUCUUCAGGCACCAUAGUCGCUAUGGUGUGUUAUAGUGGCUAUGGUGCUUAGAUUUUCACUUUAAGACCAGGCUUGGGCAGAUCCUAUUAAUGUGACUGUCUAAACGUCCUUGUUCCUGGAGAGGUCAAAAUAAUAAUGAUGAGUCGUAUAGCUCCAUUAGUUAUGGUUAAAAAGACUGUACAUUAGUAAUGGUUUGCAAAGUUAAUAAACUGUGUAGAGAAUGAAUCUAAAGGGUUGGCAAUUAUAUCAAUUUUUAAAAAGUGAACCAUAAUAGGUAAAAAAAAUUAAUUUAAAAAGUUGUCCGUAAAUGAUGAUGAUGUUUAAUGACUGACCCUGGUGCUUAGAGAAUCUAUGUAAAUGUCUUAUGAAAAUAGCAUGUUUGAAUUUAUUUAUCUCACAUUCCCACACAAUGAUACAUCAACCAGAUUGGACUAUUGCAAGUAUUCUAGAGAUGCUACCCCAUUAAAUCUAUGAAUUAAUUAACUAAAGUAGAAAUAAAAAUCUCUCAAAAUCAUAACUAUUCCAUGUUGUGACCAGUUGCAUUGUCCAUAAAGUCAUUAAUUUGGAUGUAUCUUUAAAGAUAAAACAAAAACAAAACAAAAUUAUACAUUUUCUAAGUAAACUGUUCCUUUGAUUUUUAGGACUUACUCCACCAACAACCCCUCCUCACAAAGCCACCCAAGAUAAUCCAUUCAGGACUUCUUCCAAACCGAAGUCCUCCUGCAAAUCUAUGGCACCACCUGCAAAAAAAUCUCGUUACCUUGAGUCUUCCAAUAUCCAAGUUAUUAACUCUACUAAGAAAGGUCCGGAACAAUCAGAACUGUAUGCACAGCUUAGCAAAACCUCUGUAGUAAUUGGACAAGAGGAGAAAAAAGCAAAGCGACCUAGUUUACGACUAUUUGGAGACCAUGACUACUGUCAGUUUAUGAAUUCAAAAUCCGAAAUACAUAUUAGCUUAUCUCAAGAAUUACAGGCCUCAAGACAUCUUGAAUGUAAGGAUUCUUUGCCGGGGAAAAAAAUGCAGAUCUGCUCGGACUUAGAGCGAGAGCAAUGUCAGAAAGAUAAAUUUCAGGCAAACCUGUCUAGCUGUCAGAACAGUAACAGAAAACAGCUUCAGGACCAGGAAAUACGUGCCGAACUCAACAAGCACUUUGGUCAUCCAAUCCAAGCAGUCUAUGAUGAAGAAAACAAAAACAGUAAACAGAGGGACAAUAGCUACAGUGACGAGCAGUUUUCUAGACUACCUAUGUUUUUAACUGCCGGCCUGGGAAUGGAUAGUUUGUUUGAUGACAGUGAAGAUGAAAAUGAUAAACUUUGUUAUUCUUGGGAUGGUGCACAGUCCUAUUCCUUAUUUGAUGUAUCACCUUCUUGCUCGACGUUUAAUUCCCCAAGUAGAUAUUCAGUAUCACCACCAACAUCAUUACUUACUCAAAGAUUGUGUUCUAGAUCACGGUCUAGGUCAUUCUCCCAGCACAGAUCAUGCUCUCGUUCUCCAUAUUCACGAUCAAGAUCCAGAUCACCCUCCAGCAGAUCUUCAUCUGGGUAGGUAAAAUAGAAUCUGAGUUUCUGACAGACAUGCACAUUUAUUCUUUGCAGAUGGCCAGAAUUAAUAAAAUACCUUAUGAUAUCUAAAAAGAUGAAUCAAUUUUUCCAAGGUUUACCUGAGGACUCUCACAUCUACAGAUUGCUGAGAAGCCCAUAUUGCCAUGUGUCCACCGAACUGCAAUGUCAAAUAACUGCAAAGGUCUUUGAAGAAACAUGCGUCAGGGAUCUAAGUUUUUUUUGUUCUAUUAUCAGAUAGCUAUGUCUGGUUAUUUUGUUAUUUGUCAUUGGCAAUAUGGACUUCUUAACACCUUUUAGAUCUGUUUCAUUUUGUAAGUCAGCUUUAUGUUUCUUUUUCAUUUCAGGGAUACAAAGCGUAUUUAGUAUAUUGGAAUUGAGACCGAUAAGUGCCUUCGAAGGCACAGAUAUAGGGCUAAUGAUUUAUAGACGGUCAGGGAUAUUUAUUACUAAUUAUUAUAAUGUUUUUAUAAAGUUUUUUUAAUAUAUAUAUAUAUAUAUAUAUAUAUAUAUAUAUUAUAUUUAUUAUAUAUAUAUUAUAUAUAUAUAUAUAUAUAUAUAUAUAUAUUUAAACCCUUAAUCUCAGCCAAAGAUGAAACAACCACAGUAAAGAAAUAUAUAUAUAUAUAUAUAUAUAUAUAUAUAUAUAUAUAUAUACAUAUAUAUAUAUAUAUAUAUAUAUAUAUAUAUACGGUAUAUAUUUCUUUACUGUGGUUGUAUAUAUACGGUAUAUAUUUCUUUACUGUGGUUGUUUCAUCUAUAGCUGAGAUUAAGGGUUUAAACCAAUGUGCUAUAGUACAUUGUAUUUAUUUCUUAAUUUAAUAUUAUUAUUUAGUUCUUAACGCUUUUCAGCAUUUAAGUUAUAAUUUAACUCAAACUGCUCCUUACCCUCUACCACCUGGGUGGUUGAUUAGAGACCCAAAUGAUGAUGAUGACAUCCGUACGACCACAGUUAGUUACUUUGUCUAUGUUCAUUUUUUAACCAUCUACGGUGGUUACAUUUUAUCCCUUUCAUAUUCCACACUCAUUAAGUUUUUCCUAUUUACUAUAUGGCUUUUUUUAGUGUUGUUGAUUAAAAGUCUGUUUUGACACUGCUUUAGUCUUACUUGUAUAUAUUUGGUACUUUUGGUACAUAUUUGGAGUUUAACUUUACGAUAACUUUUUCGACACUCAUCCUUUAUAAUUUUUAACACUCAUCCUUUAUAUUAGGGUUUGAAUGAGUCAGUUUAAAUGUUCUAAUAUUGCAACUAUGUCUGCAAUCUAGCAUACAUUUCACAUUGAGAUUCUCAUUAUUUUUAGGCUGUCUAUUAGAAGCUUGCGAUUAAUUAAAACUUUUUUUAUCUACUCUGUUAAUUAGUGAUAUACAUUGCAAUUAGAAUGUAAAUGAUAUAUACUACACUAUCUUGAUUAACACAUACAUCUCACUUAUUUUGGUCUAGCAGUUAGACCUUCUAUUUACCUGCCCUUAUAGGAUAUAUUUUUUCUAGUAUUUCCACUGUCUAUUUAUAGACAUAUGUUCCUUUAUAUUCAAUUGUAAAUUACUUCUGAGUCCCUGGUAGCUGACUACAAUAUUUUAAUUGAGUGUUGUUCAUUAUUUCUAUUUGGUGUAUAUUAAUUGAUCUAAUAAAGGUUAUAUUUUAUUGCAGUAAGGUUGGGAAGUGUGUCAACUCUGUUUUCAUUUGGUAUUGGUUUAAUUACUCAAUUAGAUGAAGUGGUCUGGGUGCCCAUAGUCAGGAGGCCCCCAGCACCAUCCCACUGCUAAGAGUUUUUCUAACAGUUUGACACUUACCCAGGGAAUUCUUGACCAGCACUCUUUACAACUAACGUUUCGAAUUAGUGACAUUAAUUCUGUCCAACUUUAAACCAAAAUUGUUUUCUGAGAGCAUCAGCUGAGACGCCUCAGCCAAUGAUUUUCAUACAGGGAUGGCAAAUUUUUUAUAUUUCUACAGAACCAUGGCUGUCCAGGGGUAAGUGUCAAUCCAUAAAAAAAAUAAAAAAAUAAAACCUUGACAACAUAUUAAAGGCCCUAGGAACCUUCUACAGCACACUAUAGUGGUUAAGGCACUUAGAGUGUCCCAUUAAAUACUUUAGCCCAUAUCUGUAUUAUUACACAAUAUAGCUCAUACAUUGUUUGUGUUUAUAAGAUAAUAAAAUGUAGAAUCAUUCUAAAUUUGAAUUUCCUUUUUAUAAAAAUGAUGAAAGAGGAUAUGUAAAACAGAAUGACAAAUUGAAAACAAGCACCAGUUUUUGUUAUUAUCAUGGGCUAAACCUACAACUAAACAUUACUUUCUUUUCCAGAUAAAUCCAUGUCUCUGUAUCUUUUUCAUUCUAAUAUGUCAACAUUCUCUUAUUUAAAGGUCUUGCUGCUGCUAUGAGACAGAUUAUUGUAUUCAAAAACAUUCUCCGGUAUAUGUACGAUCUCGAUCAAGGUCGCCAUAUGGUCGCAGACCCAGGUACGGAAAUGUUUAAUUUGAUUAAUUCUUGUUUUUUCUUCUCUAUAGCAUUUUAGAUGAUGUUAGAUGUGAACAUGCAAAAUAGCACAAUCUAACAUCUGUAUAAUUUGUGUAAUAACUUCCGCAGAUAUGACAGCUACGAGGAAUAUCAACACGAAAGGCUAAAGAGAGAGGAGUAUCGCAAGGAGUAUGAAAAACGCGAGUCAGAGCGAGCAAAACAGAGGGAGAGACAAAGACAAAAGGCAAUUGUAAGCAUUAUGUCUUCCAAAAAACAUGAAUUGUGAACGGUGGUAUAGAGUGAAUUUUUUCUCGUUUGGCUAAUCUCCGCUAGCUGUAAUACAGUGCUGAAAGUUGUAAUACAAUAUCGACUGGACAAUUGCAACUUGCUGAUGGUAUAUUUGUUUCUCUAGCUGUUUCCAUGACCUUACUAUGACAUAUCUCAGGCUUUUUAUGGAGGAGUUGCAGCUGGUUAUUGUGCCAUUCUUGACAUUUUUCUCUCUCACUUAAAUUAGUGUUGUCCAAUUAUUUCAUGUUGAAACCCACAUAUGAUUCCAGCAGCAUUGACUGGGGUCUGACCCCAUUAAAUCAAUGAUUAAUUCAAAGGAAAAUAUAUGAUUUCAGGAAACUGAUAGCCAUACAAAAGACCUUGAGGACUGCAAGAAGGCCAUCAGAUGGAGAAAACUUUAAAUUAAAUAAACUGGGUUCAGCAAUUUGAUUGAUCCAUAUAAAUAGAAUUUUCUCUGUACAUGUGCGUUUUGUGAGUGUUAGAAUAUGUAUUGAAUGUAAGUGUGUGUGUUCUAUGGCAGCAGCUAAAACACACAGUGCUUGAUCAUAAACAGCUGAACGCUUGGACAGGCUGAAUAAUGGCUCGUAAACUGGUGAAGCCACGGGACCGGCUGAGGUUCACAUCUUCACAAGGUGACAUAUGUGUCUGAAGAAUUUCCCUGAAUAGCAGUUGAAGGACAGUGCGAUAAAGAAUUUUCACAGUAUGGAUUUUUGGAUGGCCCUCAGUAUAGAAUGCUGUCAUAAGUCACACGAGGUCAAUACACGUAAAUCAUUAUCCCACUGAUCACUAUAGGAAACUGUUACAUAGAAUUAAGGUUGAAAAACUGGAAUUUUCAUGUCACUUUGCAAUCAUCAGCCUCUCUUACAAUCAAAGGUUUAUUACUGAUAGUUACUUUUUCUACUUUUGUUUUGGUGUGAUAGUUAAUAACUGAUAGAACUUUAUAGAUAUUCACAUAUAUUAUGAAUUCAAUAUAUAAAAGGCAAAUAAGCCCUUUUCCAAUAAUCUAUAAAUUAGGUUCUGGUUUGCAUUUGUACGUACAGUGGGCUAGAAAAAAAACAAAUCUUUAUUUUGUAGAAAUAUACAAUCCACCAUCCUUUCUUUUUGUUUCAUUCUGGUUAAUUUAUCUGUGUUUUAUUCUACUGAGAUUGCUUACAAAUCUUGUUGUCUAUUUGAGAAUAAACAAAUUGGAAUAUAGGGUAAGAGCCAUGCCUCAUAAACCAGGAAGAAAUGAGUGAGUGAAGUGUCUAGAAUGGCAGACGGAGAGUUGGCUUCCAAGUGAAGGCUGUCAGGAUGUCACCCCACUGAGUUUGGAACUGAAAAUCACUAGCUAUGUUUUAUGAUUGUCUGAGUGUGCUUUAUUUUUAACACUUAUGUGUUGAUAUUUAUUCUAUUUUAAACCUUUCUUUAGCAACAAAUUCCCAUGUGCUAUGCAGUAUGGAACAUUUAACAAAGUAACAUUUAUAUAGGGAUGAGAUAGGGCCAGAAUGAUUCACCAUGAUUUUAAGACGCAAGUCAUUUUAAACCUUUAGACUGCAAACCCUCAAAAAGCCACUGUUAUGGUAUGGUUUGUUUCUUUUAUAUUGCUUGCUUGCUAUAUACUGUCGUGUUUCUGCACCAGUAUAUGAGUAGCACACAAAUACAAAAUUAUUAUUAUAUUUAUAUAGCGCCAACAAAUUACGUAGCGCUUUACAAUGGGUGGACUAACAAACAUGUAAUUGUAAACAGACAAGUUUGACGCACAGAAACAGAGGGGUUGAGGGCCCUGCUCAAUGAGCUUACAUGCUAGAGGGAGUGGGGUAAAAUGACACAAAAGGUAAGGGAAGUAUUAGGGAUGUAGAUUGGUAGAAUAGUACUCACUGAAGACUUAAUGUGGGGUGUUUUGGAGCCAUUAACAGUUUAAUUGAUAUGGUUUUGUGAAAAAGUGAGUUUUUAAUGAUUUUUUGAAGGAGUGGAGACUAGGUGAGCGUCUAACGGAGAAGGGAAGGGAGUUCCACAGGAGCGGUGCAGCCCUAGAGAAGUCUUGAAUGCGAGCAUCAGAGGUGGGAGUAUGAACAGAGGAUAGACACAGGUCUUCGACAGAGCAUAGGGGCCUAAACUGGACAUACUUGUGUAUUAGGGAGGAUAGAUAGGUGGGAGUAGCAUUAUGUAGAGAUUUGAAAGCAAAAAACAGAAUUUUAUAUUGAGCCCUAUAUCCCACGGGAAGCCAAUGCAGGGACUGACAGAAGGGUGAGGCAUGGGAGGUGCGGGCGGACAGGAAGAUGAGCCUCGCCGCUGCAUUUAUUAUAAACUGCAAUGAGGCAAGUUGGGAGCACGUAAGAUUGGAUCCAGUGGAUUGCAGUAGUCAAGGCGAGAGAGGACAGUUGCAUGGACCAGCACCUUAGCCGCAUCUGGUGUUUACUUUAUAACUCUAAUUUCUCUGGUCAGAUCUAUAUUUGCAGUCCUUUGCAAUAGCAUUCAGACCCCUAAUACAGUGUUCUUCUAUAUCACUCAAUUACAAAACUUAUGUUGACAUUUUUGUUUCUUUUUGAUUAAUUUUAACACAUUGAAAAUGUUAUUCAAGUAAAAUUCUAAAUGAGUUUACAAUGAAUAUGCUCUAAAGAGAUGUGUAAUUGUAUAUGCAAUUGUAUGGUAUACAAUAAAAUAUAUUUCACAUUGUUUAAAUGAAAAAUUGUCACUUAGAAUAAAAUUAAUAAAAUAGAGUGCUACUGUGUUAAAACAUCAUACAAUCUGAAAUUUUACUGUAACACUAUGUAAUUAAGUGAUAAGAAGAGAUUUUUGUAAGACACUGUACGCACAAAUACUCUCGCAUACACACACACACACACACACACACAAACAUACAGUUGUAAGGUUGCAUUACUCAUUUGGGACAUGUUAACAUUUGUCUGCAUCCUUUAAAGUAGCCAAGUGUAAAAUGCCUAAUUAGACCAAGAGCCGGGGGAAGGACAUAGCAAAUUAACAUCUAUUGAUCUCUAUGUGCCAUUAAAUGAGUUUCCUGAGGUAAAUAUCACAUUUUUGGGGGGUUAAUUAGCCUUAGUUUUUUUUAUCAUCAUGACAAUGAAAUACAUGAAAAUUCUACAGAUUUUUGGUAACGGAAAUUUGACAUUAUUUUGGAGCUUUAAUUGCCACGUACAUUUGUUUUUGAGGUUGAAGUGAGAACGGAAAUACUAGUCAUUUCACACAACCUUUGUCUUUGCUCACAUUUAAUUAAUUAUGUCAUAUUAUUUAAUACCUAAAAAUGGAUUUGUUUUAUACAAACCGUCCCCAUAGUUUUUCUAAUAAAUAUAGACUACAGCUCCCAACAUGCUGUACUGUGUACUAAUAGAGUUAGAAGUUGUAGCUGAAGCUGAAUGUUCUAGCUUAGAACAUGGAACUUCACGUCAGGUCCAUACACAAAACUGGGGUCCCUUUGAAGACAAUAAAGGUGUUAUCUCACUUGAGGUGAUAAAAUACUGCAUUGGCUGAGAUAAAUCCAAUGAAUGCAGCCAAGUAAUUUUAAAAAAAAAUCUCAAUUAAAUUGGGGCUACAACAUUUUCCCAUCAGAUAAACACUACAGAGUAUGCCUCUACUGCUUUGAACCUGUCACCUCUCUCUUUUUUUUUUUAAACGUUUGACAUAUCACUAACAAUCAGAAGGAAUUUUUUGCUCCAUUAGAAGAAAAUUUCCUACAGGUAACUGGGUAUUAUAACCGUGAGCUGCUGAAAUAGCAAAAUGUUUCCAUCAUUCUCUAUUGACAUCCUUUUUCUCGGUGAAUAUGCCAUUAUUGAGAAAGUAGUUAUAGUACAUAGCCCAUAUUAUUAACUACCUAAUUAAUUAAAAUCUUAAUAGCUUCUUUUGAGUUUAUACAUUCCUGUAAUGCUACAGAAUAGAGAGCUGUGGGUAGUAAGGAGCUUAGCCUUUACUGGGCUACUAGGUCAGCAGUAAUACUUGUGAAUUCUAUUUCCCAUAAUGCUUAGCUAACACGUGCAUUCGUCAUCUCUGUACUGAGUACAAUACUGCUGCCAUUGGUUAUUUUAACAUGUUUGUAGUCUUUGGAAAUUAAAAAGCUCAAACUGGAGAUUUUUCUUAAGCACUGUACAAAACUUUUAAAACUAUAUAUAUUGUCAUCUGUUUUAUUGAACAAUUUGUCCAAUAUGUAGCACAUGGAUAUCCUGAUCCAUAUUUAAUUACUCCCUAUUCAUGUAUAUAUCCUAGUGAAUAUCAACGUCUUACGUGCAUGCGUUGCUACAGGAUUACGUGAGAUUUAGUGUACUGAGGGAUACAUUUAUAUUAAGCAGACUUUAAUAAAAAAAGAGUUACCUGUUGGACUUUAUAUCAAACUGUACCAUAUUGGAUACAAAAAAAAAUCUAAACUAAAAUGCUGCAACUGCAUAAAUAAAAUUGGUGAGAUAGCUUCCUCUCCCAUUCUCUUGGCUAAUCUGUAACAGUCUUUACAUUAUCUUAUUAUCAGACUAUUUGGACUUUCUCUUAGGUGUCACAUAUAUAAGACACUAUAAAUAAGUCUAACAUCAAAACAAGGUCAACGUGUGGCACCUGACAUGGUACAAGAAGGAAAGACAUCUCCGUUGUAACUUAUUUAUUCCUGUAUUCAACACCUGAAAUGAUCCUUAAAUUAAUUAAAUUGACAUUAAAAGCACGGUUGUGUUAACAUUUUCCCAAGACGGUUUUAAUGAUUGAUUUCAGCCUACCUGUUGGGAAAACUCAUUAAGGAAUAAUAUAUCUACGACUCCUAGUCGUAUUUCUCACUGUUUUUUUGAAACCAGUUAAAUAGGUUAACAAAGGCACAAUCUAUAAGACUCAACAGGAAAGCUUUGUGUGUGCUGGAAACAGAUACAUAAAAAGAAAAUUCACAUAACCAGACAGUUCGUACUUUGUAACUCAGUACUUGGCUAUUUGGCAUCGCUAGCUGGUUCAUGGAGGACAUAUGUUUACCAGCGCACUUUAAUAAAAGGAAUUAGAAAUUAAAUAACUGAAAAACAAAUCCUUCAAUUAGAUCAGUUGUUUUAUUCAGAACAAUUUACAAAUCUUUGUGAUUGGGGAGGACUUGAUCUCUUGUACAGGUAUGUUAGAAGGAUAAUGUAUGUUCCUAUGAUGAAAUCUGGUAAUACGCAAGACAUCAGGUGGAGGAUUUUCUUGUCCGUAUGUGCCUCUUUCGCCAGUUUUUUAAAUUGUGCAGAAUAAUAAAUUAGAAAUUUAUGGAAUGUUCUGUGCACAUUUACUUCAUUUAGAAGUUGGACCUCCGGAAUCAGCAUUCUCACUUCCUAGUGCAUGCUGGGGUAUUGUUACCUCCUUAGCCUGAAUCGAUAAAUACGAAUUCUGAUCUAAAUUGAUUGUUUUUCUUACUUUUAAGCAACAUGGCAUUUGACAGUAAAAAUAAUAACUACAACAAAUCUGAAUGUUUUGUUUGUUACAGGAUGAACGUCGUGUCAUCUACAUUGGUAAGAUGAGGACUAAUACAAGUCGUUCAGAAUUGCGUGCCCGGUUCGAAGUCUUUGGUGAAAUUGAAGAAUGCACGGUGAAACUGCGAGAUGAUGGGUGAGCGUUUCACAGAUUGUUUUUAAAGGCAGUUGCCACUCUUGAGAGAAUGAUUAGCAACAAGUAAGGUUGUGGGUGUAUACGAAUGUUCUAAGAGAAGUGACAGAUGACAGAGAGUUUGGACUCUUAUUUAUUUUCUCCCAUUCUUAUUUAUUAGUCUUGUUAGUUGAGAUCACUCCCCUCACCAAUAAAUAUUUAACUUUGUGACAGGACAAUCACACUGAUAAAUGGAUGCAGUCGCAGUGGCAUAUGUAGUUCCUUUACAGCAGUCCACUUCUGUUAAGAGGAUGAGUUGGUUAAUACUGUUUAAGAUGUUCCGAUACAGAUAUUUACAACUUCGUGUUGCCUUUCAGCGAUUGCUACGGUUUCAUCACGUACCGCUACACCUGUGAUGCUUUUGCUGCUCUCGAAAAUGGCUACACUCUGCGCAGGUCCACUGAACCCGAUUUUGAGCUUUGCUUUUGUGAUCGAAAGCAGUUUUGCAAGUCCAACUAUGCAGAUUUAGGUAUGGAUUUUAUAGUGCACAUAUACAAAUUGGAUAUUUCGAUAUAUGCCCAUACCUAUAUUCAAUACUAUCUGUCUGUCUGGUUGUCUUUCUACCAAUAUUUUAUUAUUAUCAUCCAGUGUUCCAACCAGAGUAUUCUGUUAUUUCUCUUUAAUUGUAUCAUUAUGUUACCUGUCUAUCUUUUUGUCUACCCUUUCAUUUUUUGAAAUUAGAAUCAUUUUGUCAAUCAGUCUGUCUGCCCUCAAAGUGUCUCCCUAUUUUCUAUCCAGAUACACAUUAUAGCACUAGUUUAUGUCAUCUACGUGUAAAUGAACAGUUUCUUGUCUACCCAUUACAUUUAUUCGUGUAUAGAUAUGGGUUCCAUAUGCAGCCGGUCUAGAAUGUUAUAGAAGGUUUAUUGUUUGUUUUUAUAAGAAGCAGAAAUUACCGAAAUGGUGAUAUAUGGAGUAUACAUGUUCAACUCGCUAAUAUGGCGAUUUAGGUUCCAGACCCACCCUGUAAUGCGAAUAUCGCUGUAAAGUAAAUCACACUCUUUUUUUACAUUUGCUUCUGCAUAUAAAAGCCUUAAAAUGCGUUUACAGUUUCAUACAGUACAUAUAUAUUAAAGCUGAAAAGCGUCAUGUGUACAGUGUUCCCUCUUUUUUUUCAUUUUGCAAAAAGUGCAGGUUUCAAGAGAAAUUGGCACGUUUAUAAAUUAACCUGGGCAUUCCUCCUGGCUUUCAAGCAGACAAUGGGUCCUGUUACUUCCUGGUUCCUCAGUGGAGCUAAACUAAAGAGGCAGCAAUUGCUCAGUGCACCUGCCUUGCACCUGCAUUUUGAAGUCUGUGAUUGGACAGUCACAGAAAGUCUGGGUGGGGUUAGAAGUGGAGGACUUGCAAAGGCUGCAAACAAGAGAACAAGUUUUUCUUAUCCCCAAUGAAAAAUGCUAAAUUAAAUGCAAGUUUUCAUUUGGGGUAUAUCUAGGAAACAGGGAUUUUUUUUAUUUAUUUUGUAUUUGGGCAGUGGAAUGUCCCUUUAAUUGUGUACAACUGCACUAGACAAAAAGAUAAAUAAAUAAAAAAUGUUAGCACCAUAAGUAUUACUAACCUUAAAAAAUUGAGACAGUGGAGAUUAAUCAUCUGACUAUAAUUGAAAAGUGCUGUAAUAGCAAAGUGCAGUAAAGUAAGGUAUUUUUGUACUCUGUAGGGUAGCUAUAGUUCCCUUCUAAUAAAAUGAACAUAUUACUAUGAAAAAGGUAAUUUUAAACUGAAAACAUCUAAAUGAAAAUCUAAUUUAAAAGAAAAGACGUUUGCUUGCAAAAGUAUUUUGUCCUUUUGUCUGCGGCUGUAAUGCAUGUCUGGGAAAUUCUACGUUGGUUUGUAUUCUCCUGGUUUAUUUUCUGCUCAAUAUUUGCAUUUGCUUUAGCCCAUCUACAAGUCAGUGUCACAAUUCAGCUCUGGGACAAAAACAUCUGCUUUCAAAUUCUUGCCUUUAACCCUUUAUUUCAAUACAAUGAAAAAGCAACAGAAUGGCAACUUUAUGUUGCAUAAUAACAUAGCUAUGUAGGGUGAAAAUAGACUCAUAAAAUAUAUUUUAACUUCAAUUUUGCACAUGUUUGUAUAUGGAGUACAUCUGAAAGUAGGCGUGAUACUCAACAUCUUUUCCAACUGUGUCCCAAAAUAAAAAUUAAAAUCAUCCUUGAUUCCAAAGGUUUUAUCCAUAAUAAUUAUUAUAAUCUUCAAUACAUUUUCAAAAAAUAAAACAAAAACAUACAUACCUUUUUAGAACAUAUGAAAUUUGGUAGAAAAAUAUAUUUUGUUUUGUAAUAUAAGGGUUAUUAUUUAUUUAUUGUUUUACCAUUUUGUCUCAUAUCACAUUUCUAGUCCUUUCUAUGAUAGUUAUCACCCUCUUGUUAUAUACGUGGGACUACUACAGGCUAGCAAUCAAUGAUGGUAGUUGUAGUUCCACACCAGCUGGAGAUAAUGCCUGUUGCCCACCAAAAUUGUUAAAAGGGAAAUUUGAGCACUGAUGAAUAAAUACAUUUAAAACCCUGAAAUAUCAAAAAAAACUAGUGCUUUCAGUAUUGUUUGCACUAAAAUUGUGCUCUUUCCUAAAUAGCUUUAAUAGUCUUAAGAGUUCCAUGUCUUACAUCUGAGUCAACUGCUUGAAUAUAAUGCUAGUCUAUUAAAAUUAAAAAAACGAUAUAAAAUACAUUUUACUCCACAGUUAACUUCUUUAAAAACCAACAACGUACAUAGUAUUUAGGUUAUUUUGAAAAUAAGUAACGUUGGUAAAGCAUUUUGCUGGUCCGUAUUUCACCAAUUUCUUAUCUCAUCCUGCUAACAUCUUAGGAAUCUGCAUUCACAAAAAUGACAUCAGAUUGCAUAUUACCACCAAACAUCGGUAUUCAUAAAUUUUGCAGUUGCUGCUACUUCUGCUUGGAAAACCAAUAUGUAAAAUCAGGUGUUGGUCAUAUUUUGGUGUCCCGAAAUAUUUCAGUAAUGUAAUCGAUAACACAUUUAAUCAUAAAACGUCUUUUGGUUCCAGAUUCAAAUUCAGAUGACUUCGAUCCUGCUUCGACCAAAAGCAAGUACGACUCCUUGGAUUUUGACAGUUUGCUUAGAGAGGCACAAAGAAGCCUGCGCAGGUAACAUGCAUAAAUGCCAAGCUUAUUGGAAAGAUGGAGAAUACCUCACGGACAUCACGUCCUUCAAUAACAGACCCUUGAAAGUCAAAUCUAGGAAGUUCUCCUACUUUACAGUCUCUGUACUACAAUGGUUUACAUGAACACAGCUGCUGAAGACUGAAGAGGCAAAUUGAUUGUCUGGCAAACAUGCAUAUCCAUGUGUGUUAGAAUAAAAUACUUUUCACGGUGGCAGUUGUGGCGACCGGAUAUAGAGGACUUCUGCUUUUGCUUGAGAGGGAAAGGGCCACCUGUCAAAGCCUUGACAUAGAAACAUCAAGAUUCUAAUAUUUAUACUUAAAAUAUUUUGAAAAGUUGGAAGCUGCUGAUGCUUAAGUGCAACAUAGUCUUCACUUUUGUUUGAUUUCAACAGAAGCAUCUUCUCGAAGAGAAAAAAAAAAACAUUGCAAUAUAGACGAUGCCUUAGUGACUUAUUUAUUAUUAUUACUUUUUUUUUUUUAUGGGGUGAAAUCAAAGAAGUAAAGUCUUUUUCUAGUAAUUGCAGCUCUCUGUAAGCUCUUCUAGUCUCCUUUGAUUCUGACACCCAUGCAUUUGUCCAGGUGGACGAACUCUCGCUUCCCAGCUGUUGCCGGAAGGCAACUCCCAUCAUCGAGAUGGCUUGACCCAGGACGAUAGGAGUUACAAUCCCACCACAGCUGGAGAGCCGCAGAUUUGCCAACCUCGGUCUACAAUGUUGAUCUUCCGCGUCAAUAGCCUUGUAUAUGGUCAGUUUCACAGCUUGUUCAGCGUUGUUUUUUUUCUGAUGAGUGGAUGUGGUGUUACAUAAUAAAACAGGAGUCAAAAUUUCAGAAUAAAUGUGUCCAGGUAGUUUUGUACGCUACAUUGUGACAUGCAGUAGAGUAUUUGCAGAUGUUGUCAGCUUUCCCGGCAGAGAAGUCGGCAACUCAUACCAUUGCAAGGCUUCUCUGUUAGGGAGCUGGUUAAAUGGAGUAUUUUUUAUUUUGUGUACAUAAUGUAUGACAAUGUUCUUUAUUUGUUACAGCUAUGCACUGUAAAUGCAGCCUUCUUUUCAAUACUGAAUACCUUUUUCUUAAUCAAGAAUAUUUAAAUGUAAUUAUAUAGAGAGUGAAACACUUAAUGUAUAGUAAUCUAUUUAGGAAAGAAAGCUAACUUUAUGCAUAUAUAUGUAUAUAUAUAUAUAUACGUGUAUAUAUACAUAUAUAUUUGAUUGUAAAACAAAAAAAGACGUUUGUUUUUUAUUUUAUUUUUUUUGAGUGCACAAAUAAUGUUUUUAGCACACUCAUCUCAUUCUUGUAGGUGGUCUUCCAUGUAAGUGUUUUGUGAAGGAUUAUACUGGCCUUUAAAAGGUGUUAUUCACAUGAUGAAGACCUUUCCACCUCUCCAAUAAGUGUUUUUUCUUUGCAGCAAUUUAUACUAAAUCAGUCUAAACAUCUCAACGGCUUUACAAGUCAUUACUGAUUAUCAUUUUAAUUUCAUUUAUAUUUCAGGAAUCAAUGUUUGAUUAUUUGUAUGAAAUACUGUUGUGGGUGGUUUUUUUUUUUUGGUUUUUUUUUUGCAGUAUGAAAACUGCUGGGUAACUCAGCACUGUGUAAGUUUUAGAGUUUGUUUUUAUGUCUCAACACUGUUAAAUAAGCCAGUAAUUUUUAUUCUGAUUUGGCAUUGUUAAUUUUUAUUUUUUUUGGCGUUUGUCAACAUUUUUACAGUUUUACACAUCCUGGGCAGACACUGAAAUUCCAUUCCUUUGUUUACUGUACACAUAUUAUAUCAGAUGUAAUUAAUAUAAGUUAUUACGGUAAUAUGCUGAUUACUAAAGAUAUGGCCAGUGAAAAGAUAUAUUAAGGAAGCUAUGCAGUUUUAUUUAAAGUCAUAUGCUGCUGUUCUUAAUCUUCUGUUUCUAAAACAGUAAGAGAAGGGGUUGAUUGCUUGCAGUCUUUCAGCCGUUGUUGAACUGCAACUCUCAGUGUCCUCAGCAGAGGUAAUAAGAGUUCAAAUCAAAAGAGCUGGUUGGUCACAUUAUGACAUCCCUAGUCAACACACUGCAUUGGCAUAGUGUUUCACAUAUGCUAUGCCAUCAAUCUUGAAUGCAAUUUAUUUGUCUUUUUUUUUCAGUACUAUAAACGUUAGCAGGAAUCCUUUACACUGAAUCAUUUUAAUCUUUUCAUCCGCAGCUUUUCAGUAUUUGUAGGGUAGAUUAACUCAUUUACUGCAUUGCAAUCUCCCAAGCGUGAUUGCUGAAUUUGUAUUAAAUAGAGCCACUGAAUCUCAGCUGAUUGAAAAAUGAACUUGCCGUGUUCAGUUGGCGGCAGCCUCCUGUAUGACGCUGUUAUUCUUUCACAAGUGUUAGCCAGCUACAGAUUUUAUAACAAUUUGUAGAGAUUGCUUCUAUUAUAAAGAUUAAAAGAAAAAAAACCAAUUAGUGAAUGUAAAAAGGAAUAAAUACAUUUUGCUAAAUUUCUCUGGAUCUGAGCUGUAGCCAGGGCCAUGUUAGAAAGGAUAACGGUAAAAUAAAACAAUAUCCGCAUUAAUUAAAAAAUUUGCCAGGUAUCCUACAGAAGGGGGAAAGGGUUUAUAGAAACAUUAAUUAAAGUUUGGUGAUUAUUAGAAUUAACUUGAAAAUUUAGGAUAAAAUAGGCAAGUUGGCAGAAUAUUUAGAAUUUGGCAGUACUGCAUAGUUUGCGUUUUAUUCAACUUGACCAUUUUAACUUACAUUUUGCAAGUUGGUUCUCAAGUAACCGCCACGUACAUUUUUAGUCAAAACCCCUCUCAUUUGAUUACAUCUGUUCUUCAUUCAUUAAUAAGUUAUGACUACCUUUUUGUUCUAUAGAAAAACAACAAAAAAAAUUUAAUAAAAUGAAGCUGUCACUGCAAGGCAAUGCAGUAUAUAUUGAUAACUGCGUCCAUUUGUCACCAGCAUAUUUUGUUCCAAGAGAUUCCACUGUCUGUAAAGCCGGAAGCUUGCUAGAGUUUAUUUUUUUGGACUUAUUUCAAAAUAGAUAGGAAGCAAUAAAAAUAAAAAAAAAUCUUUUUCAUGGGUUUUCUGUUACAUUAUUAACAGCUUUAAUCCGUGUAAAGGUUACUGUUAUUAUUUAAGUUACAAUGCAGGUAUUUUAUCUUCUUUAAUUAUAUAAACGCCAAACAAAAGUUUACAGAUUUUUCUUUUCUGAAUUUUGAGUACCUUCUGUUGUAAAAAGACAAAAAAAGUAUAUAUUGAAAGCAAUAAAUUAUUUUUAAGAAAUCAAUGUUUAGUAUAUCAUAUUUUGUGUUUAAAGACCAGAUGCAUUGCCUAUUUUGCCUUUAAAUUUAUAUAAUCAGCUGUUUAAUACAUUCUAUUUUGCCCUGUAUUGCUGAAAUGAAUAGAAAGAACGUACAAUUUGUUUCUCUCUAAACAAAUAUGAUCUCAUUUAAAUUAUUUUAUUUUUUGGCAGACCUGACAAUUACUCGUAAUUUAAUUGUAAGUUUACUCUGCAGUUUUUUUUUAUCAUUAUAAAUUUAUAUUUUUGGGACAUUCGCAAAGCUGAAUUUGGGAACAAAAUAUAUUGGCUACCAUUUAAAUUGAUGUAACGGUUUUGUUCUUCGCAAAAAAUAGAAAAUAAAAAAAAUCAACCUUGUCACUUUCUGUAGGCAGAGUCCGUAAUGCACUUCUAGAUUUUACAUAGACUAUGUUGGCUGUGCUUCUGCUUGUCAAUAGUGCAAUAUUCUACGUAAACUAAGAACAAGGCGUAUACCAUUGUCUAUGAUACCUUAAUAUCUAAAGUACGCCUUCAGAGUUUAAACAGCAUUUUACAUUGUGCUUAAUGACACAUUGCCAAAGAGAGACAUAUAGAAAGGAAAUAUUGUGCAAUUAAAAAUUAUGCACACCGUUGGGUCAGCUGAAAAAUAAAAGCACUUCAUCCUUUAGAUUUAGAUAAUGAUUACGUGUCCUUUUUGAAAUCUGUAAUGAGAACUUCAAUCGCUGUAGUUGAAAAUCAAUAAAUGACCUAGAAUAGCCAUAUAAGGUAAUGUGAUGAUUCUACAUCUGUACCUUUCGACAGACAUUGUCACUAAUAAAAAAAAAAUAAAACAGUUGGAUUGCGCUACUGUAAGAUUUGUAGGUGAAAAUGUAAUUAUGGUGGUAAAACUAUGCUUAUCAGGCAACCGAAGCUUUUAGUUUAGCCCCGUGGGGGCAAGACUCCACCUGCCAAUUCUACAUGUACUGUGGUUUUAUUCAUUGUAUUAAAAUUCCUGUGAUUAUUUUUUUAAUGUGCAGAACACAUUGGCCUCACUGAGCUAAUAAAGGGAAACAAAUGUUUCAAAAUCACACCUGUCCUCUCCAUUUCUUUUUGUUAUAGUUGACUUACUACUUGUUGUACUCUAAUAUUGUGAUCAGCCUGUUAUGUAUUGCGGAGUUAGGGGUUGCCUGAGCUAUUCAGGAAUGAACUGUAAUCUCAGAUACAAGGAUUGGACCCACAACUCUUACAGAACAGAGCCUUGCAUCCUUCCUAGGGCCCUGGUUAACCCUAAUCCAGCUCUGUGGGGAGCAAUGGAUCAAUGAAGUUAGAAACAGAGAAUUCUGGAUUCUAGAUUUUUUGUAUUCUAGAGCAUGGGGAUCUAGAACAGCGAUCUCAAGGGAAUAUGUUCAAUCAGGGGCCAUAAAAGAAAGUAACGCAACAGUAAUGCAGGGCAGACUUAGGCCAUUCCUGCUUUGAUAAGGUGAUAUAGGUGUCUACUAGUGAGAAUCCUAUAGUCUGAAUACAGCCUGGCAGGCAUUAGCCUUACUAAAUUUCCAGAAAUCCCUGAUCUGUGUUGUGGACUUCAGACUUUGUGUGAUUAAUGCAGUAAACUGAUGUAUCUACCUGCAGGCUACGCUUUUUGCAGGAACCCUUCACAUACAUUUAUUACACUUACAUGUGUUUCUCACAAUUUAAAAUAUAUUAUCUAUGUGUGCACGGAU